GCCGCUAGCAGCUAGCGCGAUGUGUACAGCGGAAGUGACGUCUGUACUGGCAACCCUGUGCCUGACGCAUCCCAGUGUUCCGCCCUUUUUUGCUGCCCCACUUCCGCCAUUGCCUGCGCAGCGGUUUAUCCCUCCUCCUGCCGCUGGGUGGCCGCGGUGCCUGACGGGAAGGCGGAUCCUGUAGGAAGGGGCCGUGUAUGUGUGUACAGCUCGCUUCCCUGAGCCCGGUGUUACCUGGGGGGGGCUGUCAGACCAGCUGGAGCAGUGCGGGGGGAUCCGGUGCUCGCCAUGAGAGGCUCCCCUGGGCUGUGCGGCCCGGGGCUAGGCAGCAAGGUAAGGGGCAAGGCAGAGGCCGGCCGGGUGGUUGGCUGACAGGCUGGCUGGGUGGGUGGGUGGGUGACAGCCAUGGUUCGUGGCUCUGGCUAACCUUGACCGAGCAGGUGUUUGGGAACUACAUUACCCACAAUCCACCACCCACUGUAACACCGCGAAAUGCAUUGUGGGAUUGUAGUCUCUGAACAUUUGGAGCUCCAAGGUGAACUAUCCCCGGUCUGUAUUCACCAAGGCUGAGCCCUGCCAUGCCAGCUCAUGUGGAUUGCUUGUCUAGGCUGACUGGCUGAGCAUUAUGGGAAAACACCACAACUACUGCAGAGCAGACAUGGUAUUUAUUUAUUCAUGAAUUAAUAUACAGUCUGACAGACCCACCAUACACUCUGUGUCACUAUACCCCACCCCCUCUAGAAUGUAAGCUCAUAUGAACAGGGCACUCAGUGCAUUCUGUGCCUGUGCAUCCAGCUUGUCUGGUUAAUUUGUUUGCACUUUAUAAAUAAUAAUAAUAAUAAUCUGUCAGACACCUACAAAAUCCAUCUAACCAUGCUAUAGUGCUACUGCUAAAAGACCCCAAAAAAUGCUUGAAAUUUGAAUUUGAGCCGUAAAUAUCCCGUUUAGACGCUCAAAAGGGUUUAUUCACUAAAAUCUGAUAUGUAGCUAUGUCGAAAUGGCAAUGUUUGCGUGAAAAUAGCCAGCGGUGUGGUUAUAUGCUUCAAGAAUUAUUCCAGAUCAGCUGCUGUUGCGUACAUUUUAAUAAUUUGGAUUUCACUUUUCUACAGUUCGGAGUUAAGCGACUAACCCUGACAUGGAUAGUUACUGAAUGUGAACUGUGGGGGAACUCAAAAGUAAAAAAAAAAAAAAUAGCUGCAUUGGAUGUGUAAUGAGUCGAUUGCUGAAAUAUAGUGUAUUUUUGGUUUUAUAACUUCUGGUACAACAAGACAAAUCUGUUAUUGCGGACGUAAUUAAUGUAGAACGACUUUGGAAUCUUAUUUUUUGUGUGUGUGUGUGUGUGUGUAACUAUCCCAGUGUAUAUUAUUAAAGUUUUAACUGAACCAUUGGCUUUUUAAAUACUUUUUUUCUCAAAAAAAAAAAGAAAUAGGUGAGAGUUCUAGGAUCACUGACACUUUUAAAUAUGGUAGUCCAAAUGUUAAUUUUAAUAUUUCUUUAACAUGUAUUGUGUAAAUGAAGGUUUUUUUUUUGGUGCCAUUUUUCUUAUAUGAAAUUACUCUAUUCUACUAUAAAAUUGUUUACUGUAAAUCAGAAACAUUGACCUCUGCUCCAGCAGAUGUUCAUUAUUUUAAUGCAAUAAAUGUCCAGAGGUGGUUGUGGUACAGUAACACCCGGAGGCCAAAGUUUUAGAAACCUGCUGUAAAUUAUGCCUACAUAUAAAAUCACACCGAUAUUCUAUACAGAUUGGUUAUAAGCAUUAAUUUCUGUAUUAUUAUUUUCUUUCACAUCAAUUACAUUGUAAGAUUUUAAACUUGGUGCCUUUUAACUGUCUUGGAAUACUUGGAUAGGAUUAUUCUCCCGACUCUUUCAGAAGAUCAAUUAAACCAUCUGAAUCAACUAUUUGGUAUAGAGGAAAUUAAAUCUGCCGUAGACCAUUUGAACAUAGCCCCAGGCCCAGAUGGGUUUAAAAAUCUAUUUUUUAAGAUUAUUGAAAGAUAAAUUGGAGUAUAGACUACUGAAGGUGUUUAACUCUUUAGACUCUGUGUUAGAUUACCCCCCCGAAAAGAUUUGAGCUAACAUCAUUCCAAAGUCAAACAAAGACUUAAUGCAGAUAAGCAGCUAUCCCAAUCUUGUUAUUCAAUGUUGACUCUGUUAUAUACAGUAUGUUUAAUCUUGCAACAAGGUUUAAGGAUGUAAUACCGUGCCCGAUUAAUAAUGAUUAAGUAGGUUUUAUUGCUGGAAGAACAUCUACCAGCAAUAUUCGGCACCUUAUUCAUACUCUUGAUUUAGCUCUGUUUUUGAAUGCGGAUAAUGAAUUUUACAGUAUCAACUGGGAUUUCAUGGUAGCCACUUAAAGGACCACUCUAGGCACCCAGACCACUUCAGCUUAAUGAAGUGGUCUGGGUGCCAGGUCCUUCUAGGGUUAACCCAUUUUUUCAUAAUUAUAGCAGUUUCAGAGAAACUGCUAUAAUUAUGAAUGGGUUAAGCCUUCCCCCUAAUCCUCUAGUGGCUGUCUCAUUGACGGCCACUAGAAGGCGCUUGCGUGCUUCUCACUGUGAAAAUCACAGUGAAACGCACCAAAUCUAUAGAAAGCAUUGUAAAUGCUUUCCUAUGAGGCCGGCUGAAUCUUGGCGCCCAGCUCUUGCGUAGCGUGCGCAUUCAACGUGGCUAACGAGGCGGAGAGGAGGAGGAGAGCUCUCCUUGCGCUGGAAAAAGGUAAGUUAUUACCCCUUUCCCCUUUCCAGAGCCGGGCGGGAGGGGGUCCCUGAGGGUGGGGGCACCCUCAGGGCACUAUAGUGCCAGGAAAACGAGUAUGUUUUCCUGGCACUAUAGUGGUCCUUUAAAGGAAGUUUGGAUUUUCUAGAUAAUAGAUUUGAUUUUGUCCGUAUACGUAUCUCCUUUAGCAAGGGUAGUUGGUGCAGGCAUAGCAUCGCCUUCGUUCUUGGUUAAAAAUGAGUUUGACAAGGUUGCCCCUUUACACCCCUUCUAUAUGUGAUCAGGUUAUAAGAGAGGACAAUCUUAUUAAGGGCUGUGUCAAGGGACAAAACACUGGGAAAAUGUGCCUUUAUGCAGAUGACAUAGUCAAAACAUUUGCUGACCCCAAGAAUUCUCCAGUACAUUUGUUACAGAUUGAGCGGCAUGGGGAAGUUUCAAAUUAUAGACUAAAUAUCAGUAAGAGCUGUGCCAUGUUACUCAAUGUCUCUGCAGAGGAAAUGUGGAUAUUAAAGGCCAAAUAUGAUUUUUCUUGGGUUCAAAAAUGUUUUUUAAACUUCGUAUUUAAAUUUUGUUUUGAUACCAUAACAGAAUAAGAAACCAAAGGCUCUUAAUGGCAUAAUGCAAAGAUUGCAAGGAAAUCUGAAUGAAAUCCAGAGCAAAACUUGACUCUAAUGGAGAGAGGGUAGACAAUGUAGUACUCCAGGAUUGCUGUAAUGGGUUGGUCUGUAUCCUAUGGUUCUGUGAAAACUGUAAGUUUAUGGGAUCUGUAUUCUCUUGGCUUAGUUGAAGGGUUGUGACUUGCCAGUGGUACCUGAGCCUUCUGUGUAAAAUAUUUAGUUGACUUGUCAUUCACUCCACUGUCUGGAACAGUACAAGAACUUGAUCUAUUGCAUUCCGUAACACAAAGGAAGAGGGUAUACAGAAGGUAGAUGAUUUUCCUUUCAUGUUAGAUGUUUGUUUUAUGUGUAUGAAAUGUUAAUAGUUUACUAGUGCACCCAUCUUUACAUACUGUCUUUUUUUUUGUUGUUGACAUUUUAUAUUUUUUAUUUCUUCAACCCCAAUAGUGUUGGAGGCGUGGUAUCAUCAUUUACAGCAGUGAAUCCACAACUUGCUGAAGGGAACCUGUUCUCCACAAAUUUACUUGGAAGGCAAGUUCACCUUCAAGUUGGUGUAGAAUCUAUCUGUGUUGUGGUAACAUCAGCAGCAUUAAAGGAGAAAAUAACUUCAUGAUUACCUCCUGUCAUCCUGCAUUGCAUUGGUAAAUUAUGCAAGUGGGCUUCACAUAAUUCCAGCAAUGUAUGUGUUAAAAUAUGCUCGCUUGAAAAUCGCUGCCUUCUUCACCCAGAAUUGCAUAAUGAAGUUGAUGGUGAGGCAAUGCUUGUUGCUUCUCCUUUGACAGAUGAGGCGCUGAAUACUCAUGGGAUGCUGCCACUUCAUCACUUGGAAGGAGUGUAGAUGUGCGUAUAACAGAACUAGACUUUUAUGUUUAUCUUCACUGCAGUAACUUGUGACAUAGGCUAGUCUAGGAUCCAGAAUCAAGUGUGGAGUCACAAUUUAAAAAAAUUAAAAAUAAAAAAAUCUUAAAGGACCACUAUAGUGCCCUGAGGGUGCCCCCAACCUCAGGGUCCCCCUCCCGCCCGGCUCUGGGGAGAGGAAGGGGUUAAACUUACCUCUUUCUCCAGCACCAGGCGGGGAGCUCUCCGAUCCUCCUCCUCUCCUCCCCGUCGGCUGAAUGCGCACGCGCGGCAAGAGCUGCGCGCGCAUUCAGCCAGUCGUAUAGGAAAGCAUUAUCAAUGCUUUCCUAUGGACGCUUGCGUGCUCUCACUGUGAUUUUUCACAGUGAAAAUCACGCAAGCGCCUCUAGCGGCUGUCAAUGAGACAGCCACUAGAGGAUUUGGGGGAAGGCUUAACCCAUUCAUAAACAUAGCAGUUUCUCUGAAACUAUGUUUAUAAAAAAAAGGGUUAACCCUAGAAGGACCUGGCACCCAGACCACUUCAUUAAGCUGAAGUGGUCUGGGUGACUAGAGUGGUCCUUUAAACCGCACACUUGUUUAACUCUACUCUUACUUGCAUAACAUACUAACUAAAUUCCAUUUCACACUCACGUACUGCUAGCCAUUCACAUACUAUUUCUCUAUUCAUUCUCUGAUAUCAGCAUACCUGUUCUGCAUUGAGGACAGGAAGGAGAUGCUGCCUUCUCUCCUUGUUUUUAGUGGGCUCUCUCUGCAUGUUCAGGCAGCAGGGACAACUUCAGCAGUCCUUUUGCACAUUGGGAGGAUUAGAUGUCCUACCUCUUCCUUAGGAUGUUGUAUGUCUAGAUGUGAUGCAGAGUGCAAGGGCAACCCUGAAGCUGUCAUUGUCACUGGUGCAAAUAUAUAGCGUGUAUGCUAAUUAUGCUUUCGCUGACAGGGAAGCAAAUUCUUGGCAAAAGGUCUUAUUUCUGUGUCUUCAUGGCAGCGUGCAUUUUAUAGCACAGUCAAUGUAUAGCUCUUAUUUGGCUUUCCUGAAUGGGAUUUGGCACAAGGUUUUCGGAUAACUGAUCUGUAUUUCAAGGGGGCAUAUUAUUAUGAUUAUUAUUUUAGCUGUUUUUUAAAUGGCUUGCUUGUAGAAUAUUUUAAUACUCUUACAUGUCUUUUGAGGCUUAUGUGUUACACUGUCUCUCUCUGAGCUGGACUUUUAGACAGAAUAAUUGUGCUAGGAGACCAAGCUCUCCAGUAUUCUUAUUAUGACAUCACAUAAUUAGAAUUCAAGCACUAUAGUAUUAUAUAGCUAUGCAUGUACUCGCACCACAUCAGAUGUCGGCUGCAAAAUUAUUUAAACAAUUUUAUCCAUCCACUUGCUGUGGAUAUACAUAUGUAAUAAGGCAGACUCUCGUUUCUUGUUAAAAAAUAAACAAUUUAUCACUGACUGCAAUGGCAGCACUAUAACCACUUAAUUGAGAUGAAGCAGUCAUAGUGCCUAGAGUGCCCCUUUAAAUAUCAUUUGAAGCACCAUUUAUAUUACUUUCUUACGGUGGUAAUAUUAACUGUGUUUACCAGGUUUGCAUUAUACAUACUUUCUCACUUUUUUUGUUCUGGAAUUUUACUUAUUUCAAGACCUGCCCACCAGGACUACAGUCCUUCCAGAGUUUUCACAUUUAGCUAAUUAAUAUGUAAUUAUGACUGUGCAUCACUGUGAAAUGCUUUUUGAUAUUGGGUUAAAACUUGUGCCUGCAGCUAUAGAAAGCUUGCUGUGAGUCCAGAAGGAUAUAAAAAAUGCAUUGAAGUUUGUAACACUAUCGCAGGCUUUUCUUGAUGGGAUGGAAAUUUAAAGCCGUAAGGUACACAUUAUUUUAUUACUGUAGCUCAAAGACGUGGAUAAAUGGUCACUUGGUAGAAAUUUAUCAACACUUGUUUUCAGUCUACCAGCUUUGGUAUUCAGUAAAUCUCAGAUUACACAAUAUAUAAUAAAACAAUAUGCAAAGCGUUCAGGGGAUCUGAAAGAGGAACUAUGCUUAGCAACGAGAAAGUUCCUCUUUACACAUUUAAUAGAACCUUAACAAGAAAUGACCAUUCCUCUCUCCCUCUCCCCAAAAGAAAGCUUUAUUGAAACAAAAUGCAACUUAUUAGAGUACAAAGUACAGGCACAAUGUUGGAUGAACAGAUAACCAUGGCACCGAUGCAUGCCACCUAAGACAUAUGGCAGUGGUGAAACAUUGCAGGUGUGUUUGAAGGUGUAACAUUAUUAUAAACUGAAUCAUUAUACUGCACAGCGUGGGUUUUUUGUUUGUUUUUUUUCUAGUACAAUUAAAGGGUUCAAGUUCGCUGUAGUGGUUAUGAGGGCAAACCGUUUGCCUUCUUACAUGGGUGUCUGCCAGGCAAAGAAGUUCCUCUAUGGCCCGUGGAGUGUAUCCGGCUUCGGCAGAAUCUGGGUGCCGAUCCCAUCUGCCAUUCCUUGGCUGAGCGCAUCAGCCAGUGGAUGCAACUCUGCAUAGAAAUAUGUAUAGAAUUGAUAUUAACCAACCUAGAACAAGUUUGUUUAAACGCUAUUCAGUGACUGUUCAGCCUGCAGGCACAAUGACCACUUCAAAUCACUGCAGUAGUAAUGGUGCUUGGAGUAACUCUUUAAUAUUACUUUUUGUUUUUCCACUCUGGGAGGUUAAAAACAUAAUACAGUCUCAUCUGCAUAAAAUGUAACUUUGUACCUGUGUGUUUUUUCUUUUUUUUUCUUUUUUUUCUUGAAUGUUAGUAGAAAUCUUGUUUGCAUUUUAAUUACUAGUUGGUUUUCUAUCAAACGCAAGCAGAAAUCAGAGAUGUAUCGAGUUUUUGAUGAAUAAAUCAUUUUAAAUUGAUUUCUUAACAUUCAAUUGUUAAAAAUCGACCGACCACCAAAUUUGCAAGCUGUAGACCAAACUUAUUGAGCUAAAAAAUGGUAAAAUAGCAUAGUGCUUAUUCAGUCUGUUAAAGUUCAGUUGAAGUCUCUUAUAUUCCCGAACCACCUUCCUCCCUCUGUUCAGUGAGUGACCUCUUUUUUUGAGGUACACAAUUCAUUCCUUUUACCUUCCUGAGGACCUUAAUAUGAUUGAGAGCUGUUCUGUACCACCGACAUUUCUUUAGCUGAUAUUAAAUCUAACCCCGGGCUAGAGCUUGCUCUGCUCCUGGCUUAGUUUUCUUUUUACUUUGUGGGUUGGAAGAGUCAUGGCCUCGGAAAAUUGUGUGUGUGCGCAAUCCAAUUUGCUUAUGAUUCAGCUGGUCACUUCGUAACUGAAUAGGAGCCAUUUUUUUUUACCAUUAAUCUUUAUCAAGGAAGUUCUACAUGAGAAGCCUGCCUUUUGUGCGACUUUCUAUAAAAGUCUGCACACAGCAGCCAGUCUAGAAACAUGUGCAACUUCUUUUGUGUGCCCUAUUGGUUCUUGUGUGUCUGUUGGGAUUAAAAUCUCUCACAGUGAAUGGAUUCACUUCUCGGUAAAAAAAAAAAUAACCAACAAAUUAGCAAAUAUUCUGUUUUGAUUCAGAGAUUGCAACAAACUGCAUGAAGCAGCUGUGACAACCUGGCACUGUCGUAUUAUUUCCAUGUUGGUGAAAUAAUGUUUUAUGGGGUCAUUCAUGAAAGUAUCAGUUGUGAAAGAUGAAAUGGACACUAUAGGCACCAAAUCAACUUUAGCUGAAUUAAGCAGUUUUGGUGUAUAGAUCAUGCCACUGCAGUCUCACUGCUCAAUUCACUACCAUUCAGGAGUUAAAGGAUCACUAUAGUGUCAGGAAAACAAAGCGGUUUUCCUGACACUAUAGUGCCCUAAGGGUGCCCCCACCCUCAGGGUCCCCCUCCCUUGGCGCGGAAGGGGUUAAAACCCGUUCAGCAGCUUACCUUAGUCCAGCGUCAGGCUCCUUCGGCGCUGGUGACCUCUCCUCCCCCGCCGACCUCAGCUCCCGAGUGGAGUGAAAUGCUCAUGCGCGGCAAGUGCCGCACGCGCAUUCAAGCAUUCCAUAGGAAAGCAUUUCUCAAUGCUUUCCUAUGGACGCUCUGCACGCUGGAUGCGAAUUUUGCCUCUAGCAGCUCUCAGGAAGACAGCCACUAGAGAUUGGAUUAACCCCUAAUGUAAACAUAGCAGUUUCUCUGAAACUGCUAUGUUUACAUCUGGAGGAUUAAAACCUGAGGGACAUUACACCCAGACCACUUAAUUGAGCUGAAGUGGUCUGGGUGACUAUAGUGUCCCUUUAACAGCCUGCAUGAAAACAAAUUGGUUUCAUUUUUAAUCAGAUGUAAUUUACUAUAAGAGUUUUUUAUCUCCUGCUUUGUAAAAUGAACUUUAAUUACAUACAGGAGGCUCAUGCAGGUCUAGCAAGCUAUUAACAGUGCAGAAGAUAGGCUAAUUUAAAUUAGACCGGAUGUGCAAUAAAGGAAGUGCAAACAUUAGAUGACUCUUACAAGAAGUGUUUAAGAAGGCUGUGGAAGUCACAUGCAUAGAGGUAGGACUAGAUCAACAUAAGCAAAGUGAUUUAACUGAUAAAUGACAAAGAACUGAGCAGUGAGACUGCAAGGGCAUGAUCUAUACACCAAAACUGUUUCAUUAAGUUAAAGUUGUUUAAGUGGCUAUAGUGUCCAUUUACCAAGGGUGGUGCAAAUUUCAGACCAAGAUAGCAGUGCUGUAAAAUAACUGAAUUGGAGAAUUGAUCCAAUUUGUCUAUUUUUGCUUAAAUCUACAAACUCUUUGCGUUCCAUGAUGAUUGGCUUACCAAAUUACCCUUUGAAAUGAAUAACCAGAAGAUAAGCCAGGCAUAUUGCUAGGGAUGAUACAAUGUCAAAGCUAGUAGCAUCCUCCAUAAGCUAGUGAUUAAAGUUGUAUGGAGACCGUUUUCGGAGAGGGUGGUUGUCAUGGUGGGGAGGGGCAGCAGUGACUGAACUUCUUGAUAAAGUUCUGCCUUGUCUUCAAAAAAGGAAUUAAGGAUCAAUUACACCAAAAAGCACACUCCUAAAUUCCAAAGAUGAUAAAGGUGUGCAGGAGAGCGGUAGAGUAUACCGAUGUGUCAAUUAAAGUAGCAUACACCACUUCAAGUAAUAAUGUAUGCAUGUUUGGAUGUCAUGUCCUCCUAUUAUUCAGUGGGUAAUUCUUUAAAGGGACACUACAGUCACCUGAGCAACUUUAGCUUAAUGAAGCCGUUUUGGUGUAUAGAACAUGCCCCUGCAGCCUCACUGCUCAAUCCUCUGCCAUUUAGGAGUUAAAUCCCUUUGUUUAUGAACCCUAGUCACACCUCCCUGCAUGUGACUUGCACAGCCUUCCAUAAACACUUCCUGUAAAGAGAGCCUUAUUUAGGCUUUCUUUAUUGCAAGUUCUGUUUAAUUAAGAUUUUCUUAUCCCCUGCUAUUUUAAUAGCUUGAUAGACCCGGCAAGAGCCUCCUGUAUGUGAUUAAAGUUCAAUUUAGAGAUUGAGAUACAAUUAUUUAAGGUAAAUUACAUCUGUUUGAAAGUGAAACCAGUUUUUUUUUAUUUUUAUUUUUUAUUCAGGCUCUGUCAAUCAUAGCCAGGGGAGGUGUGGCUAUGGCUGCAUAAAUAGUGAUUUAACUCCUAAAUGACAGUGAAUUGAGCAGUGAAAUUGCAGGGGAAUGAUCUAUACACUAAAACUGCUUUAUUUAGCUAAAGUAAUUUAGGUGACCAUAGUGUUCCUUUAACACUGUUCUAAAGAAACACUAUACUCAUAGUAUGGUCUAAUCAUUGAAAAAAAAAUAAUAUAAAUAUAUAUAUUUCCUCUCAUUGACAUUUUCUCACAUCAGCGGUAAUUUGGGCACACAAGGCAGUUACAUUUGGCAAUGGCUUGUUAUAUCUGCGUUACUAUUUGGUUAUUUGCAGAGCCAUAUGGAAAUUAUCUAAUUGCAUGUUGGAUUUUUUUAACCAUGUUCAACUACAGGGCAGAAAUACAUUGGGAGCAAUGGUUCAAGCUUUCUAAAUCAGUAGUUUUUCAACUAAUAAUCAGUAAAACCAGUACUAAUUUUCAACAUUGCGUUUUUUUUGUUGUUUUUUUUUUUUUAACUAUUCACCUGAAAAUUACACUGUGUGCUGCACCAGCGGUAAUUAGCCCUCUUUGUCUAAUAUAACUACUUCGGCUUAAAGUGUGCUUUUGAGAAUUGCUAAAGACAUAAGACCACUCUAGGCACCACCCCAACUUAAUUUUGAUGAAGUUGUUAUGGUGUGCAGAUUUCUUGGGCCCCAUCGUAUCUUAUGUGGAUGUUCUUUUAUUAACCUUCCUCUUCUAGUGCUGUAAUAGGAACAGUUCUCCUCUGACUCAAAAUCUUAUCAUGAAUAACAUUUAACUCUCCCUCCCUUACAAAGUCCUUUAAAUCUUUUUUUCCCUGCCCUUAUCACACUGCGCAACACUGGACUAGCAAGCACAUCAAACGGACCUCUGAGUGACUACACUGCUGCCUAGUAACACCUCUAGUGACAAACACUGCCUUUACUCUGAAAAGGCAAGCUUUUACUUUGCUAAGACUGCACGGACAUGCUAUAGACCAGGGGUAGUCAACCUUUUAAUACCUACCGCCCACUUUUGAAUUUUUGUUGAUUGUAUAAUUUCCUUACCGCCCACCAGUGCCACAGUAAUUAAUUUUGUAGCGCAAGUGCGAUUUUUCUGGGAAAAAAAAAUCUAUGCCAACCCCAUAAGUCAUUGCGCCAUAUAUUGUCGCAUUUAAUAUGUAAGGCUAUGUCUUGAGAAUAUAUAUAUAUAUAUAUAUAUAUAUUGCUUUUCCAAUAUAAAAUAUUGGUCCUUUCAGAGUAAAAUUUUCAAUUAUACAGUAAGCAUACUCACAUGCAGACACAGACAAUCUCACUGACACAAGAUGAUUGAUACACAGCCUCAUAGACAAACAAUCUCACUGAUAUACAUAAGGUCAUUGACAUAAAGACUCACUCAGUAGCAGGCACACACACACACACACAAGCAAGCCCACUCACUAGCAGGCGCGUACACACACACAGCUUAAUGUAGUGGCUCUGGUGUCUAUAGCCUGUCCCUGCAGGCUUUUCAAUGUAAACACUUUUUUUAGAGAAAAGGUAGUGUUAACAUUGCUUCCUAUUGACAGAAACUCAGACGUUCACUAGAGGGGCUUCCUUUGUCAGUGCGGAUUGGCAGGGCCAAUCGAGGGGAGACCAGUAUGACGUGGGAAAAAAAAAAAGUGAGUAAAAACACAUACCGUAUUUUUCGCUCCAUAAGACGCACCUCACCAUAAGACGCACCUAGUUUUUAGAGGAGGAAACCCAGAAAAAAAAAUAUUCUGAACAAACUGUUCCAUAGUGUUUCUUACCAUGGGACAGUUUGUUCAGAAUAUUUUUUUUUCUCCCCUGUCCCAUAAUGAUCUUUUAACCCCCCUUUCCUCUGUCCCAUAGUGAUUGUUAACCCCUCCUCCCCUGUCCCUGUCCCAUAGUGAUUGUUAACCCCUCCUACCCUGUCCCAUAGUGAUUGUUAACCCCUCCUACCCUGUCCCAUAGUGUUCUUUAACCCCUCCUCCCCUUGUCCAUUAGUGUUCUGAUCCCAUAGUGUCCCCCCCUCCCAUUGUCCCAUAGUGCACUUUCCCUCCCAUAGUGUCCCCCCUGCCCUUGUCCCAUAGUGUCUCCCCCUCCCCUUGUCCCAUAGUGUCUCCCCUCCCCUUGUCCCAUAGUGUCUCCCCUCCCUUGUCCCAUAGUGUCUCCCCCCUCCCCUUGUCCCAUUGUCUCCCCCUCCCUUGUCCCAUGGUGUCUCCCCCUCCCCUUGUCCCAUAGUGUCUCCCCUCCCCUUGUCCCAUGGUGUCUCCCCCUCCCCUUGUCCCAUGGUGUCUCCCCCUCCCCUUGUCCCAUGGUGUCUCCCCCUCCCCUUGUCCCAUGGUGUCUCCCCCUCCCCUUGUCCCAUGGUGUCUCCCCCUCCCCUUGUCCCAUGGUGUCUCCCCCUCCCCUUGUCCCAUAGUGUCUCCCCCUCCCCUUGUCCCAUAGUGUCCCCCCUCCCCUUGUCCCAUAGUGUCUCCCCCUCCCCUUGUCCCAUAGUGUCCCCCCUCCCCUUGUCCCAUAGUGUACCCCCUCCCCUUGUCCCAUAGUGUCUCCCCUCCCUUUCUCCCAUAGUGUCCCCCUCCCCUUGUCCCAUAGUGUCUCCUCCCCUCCCCUUGUCCCAUAGUGUCUCCCCCUCCCCUUGUCCCAUAAUUACUUACCUGUCUUGGAGCGUGGGCCGGCUUCACAGCGCGCUCCGCGGUCCAGGAACUAAUAUUUCAGGUUCCGGUUUCCGGCGGGACUGAAAGGAAGUGUACGCCGCCAGUCCAGCGGCCAGGCAAAUAAACCAGACAUGAGCAGCAACGGUAAAUUAUCCACAUUCGCUCCAUAAGACGCACAGACAUUUCCCCUCACUUUUGAGGGGGAAAAAAGUGCGUCUUAUGGAGCGAAAAAUACGGUAUAUAUACACACACACACACACACACACCGUGACACAGUUUACAAGUAUUGUUUUUCGAAGAUGUUAAAAUGCUCAGUUUUAUUGCAUUGCUACACACACAAAAACACAUAUACAUAUACAUAUAUACACACACACACACACACACACACAGGGGCAUGUUACAUACCGUGACACAGACACACCAUGACAGACACACACCUUAAAAAAGACACACGCGCACACACACCAUAACACAGACAGACUGUGACACAGACACACACAUUACAUGACACAGACACACACACCGUGACACAGACAGACACAGAUUACAUGACAGACACAGAUUACAUGACAGACACAGAUUACAUGACAGACACACACACACAAUGACACAGACACAGAUUACAUGACAGACACACACACACAAUGACACAGACAGACACACAUUGCAUGAAAGACAGGCGCACACACCGUGACACAGACAGGCGCACACACCGUGACACAGACAGGCGCACACACCGUGACACAGACAGGCGCACACACCGUGACACAGACAGGCGCACACACCGUGACACAGACAGGCGCACACACCGUGACACAGACAGGCGCACACACCGUGACACAGACAGGCGCACAGACUGACACAGACAAGCGCCACAACCACACAACACCACCCACACAACACCCCACACAACAAACAACCAACACCAACCACACAACCCCACCCCACACCCAACCACACAACACCCACCACACAACCCACACAACACCACAACCACAAAAACAACCCCCACCCACCACCAACACACAACCGUGACACAGACAGGCGCCACACCGUGACCAGACAGGCGCAGUGACACAGACAGGCGCACACACCGUGACACAGACAGGCGCACACACCGUGACACACACAUUGCAUGACACAGACACACACACGCACACACCAUGACAGACCGAGACACACACAAUGACACAGACAGACGCGCGCACACACUGACACACAGGCGCGCGCACACACAGGCGCGCGCACACACUGACACACAGGCGCGCACACACACUGACACACAGGCGCACACACACUGACACAGACAGACGCGCGCACACACUGACACAGCACGAAGCGCGCGCACACACUGACACAGAGCGCCGCGCGCACACACUGACACAGACGCAAGCGCGCACACACUGACACAGACGCAGGCGCGCACACACUAAACCAGGCGCGCACACUGACACAGACGCAGGCGCGCACACACUGACACAGACGCGGCGGCGCAACACCAGACCAGGCGCCACACACUGACACAGGCGGCGCACACACAGACACAGGCGCCACACACGACGCGAACAGCGCCGCACUGCGUAACCGAACAAAUGGCGCACACACUGAACACAGACAAGCGGCGCACACCCGAACAGAAGCGCGCACACUGACAAACAGGCGGCGCGCACACUGACACAGGCGCACACACUGACACACACACAGACAGGCGCGCACACACUGACACAGACAAGUGGCGCACACACACUGCCGACAGCGCCCCAGACACAAAGGCGGCGCACACACACACUGACACAGACAGGCGGCAACACACACACACAGACAGGCGCAAACACACACACUGACACAGACAGGCGCGCACACACACACACUGACACAGACAGGCGCGCACACACACACACUGACACAGACAGACAGACGCGCGCGCACACACACACACUGACACAUUUCUACCUGUGUGCUGGCAUGGGGAGCUUAGAUGGCGGCCGCAUUGGGGGGCUGCCUCUUCUUGGGGCCGCAUGGGGGAGCUGCCUCUUCUGGGGGCCGCAUGGGGGAGCUGCCUCUUCUGGGAAGAACAGCCAGCUCCCUCUGCGGCCCCAGGUGCCGACGGCCCACCGGGAAAUUUUCCGGUAUCCCGGUGGGCCAGUCCAGCCCUGGUGAGAGGUGUGUGUGUGUGUGUGUGUGUGUGUGAGAGUGAGAGGGGUGGGGGGGUGUGAGUGAGAGGGGUGGGUUUGUGUGUGUGUGUGUGUGUGUGUGUGAGAGAGGGGUUGGGGUGUGUGUGGGUGUGUGUGUGUGAGGGGUGGGUGUGUGUGAGUGAGUGAGAGGGGUGCGUGAGAGGUGCAGUGUGUGUGUGUGCAAAGGGUGCUGUAGUUGUGUGAGGGGGCAGUCUGUCCGUGUGUGGGGUGUAGUGUGCAUAGGGUCUAUGCUGUAUGUAGGUGGGUGAGAUGUGAAAAUCUAUCUUAAUGUCUCCCUCUCUCUUUUUCUUGGCUUUUACCAGAGGGGGGGCGGGAGACAUAAUGCUGCAAGCCCUGGUGGUUCAGUGGUGGCAUGUUCACAUUAGGCUGCAGCUCCUUCGACUGCAGGCUGACUCUCCUGUCCUCCUACGAGCACAGUGCUGAAUUGGAGCGUUGACGUGGUAACGCGCUGCAGCGCUCCAUCCAGCCUGCCCACGGGAAGAUCACAGAGCCUCCCAGGCCCUUUCCUCCCUCUGCUGGAACUAAGUGCCAGCGGCCCAGUGAAGGAGAUCUUUGAUUUCCUCACCAGACCGAGAGAGGGAGAUCUUUCCUCACCAGCAAGGCUGUCUUUGCAUGGGCCAGCAGGGUAGAUGAAAGGAUCUUCCCUGCCGGCGUUGGCCCAUGGCGAACAUUUUCUGCAGAACCCACCACUGCCCACCUGAAAUCCCAAACCGCCCACUAGUGGGCAGUAAGGACCAGGUUGACUACCCAUGCUAUAGAGUCUAUAGCAUUAUAGACACUAGAACAACUAUAUUAAGCUGUAGUAGAUUUGGUGACUAUAGUAUCCCUUUUUAAGAUGUUAUUUUUGUCAUUGAAAUGUUAGUUUAAAAAACCCCCAAAACCUGGUUCCUAACUUUUUUUUUAACUGGCUCCUAGAUUCAAAGCAAAUAUAUCGGGCCAUGAUAUCAUGUAAGGAGUUGGAGUCAGUCAAAGGUUUUGUGUAAUAACUCCAGAGCCCUGCCAAAUAAUAAAAGAUAAAUAAAAAAACACUCUUAUUUGAAAACUAGUUUGCAAUAAAUUCCUGUUAGAGCUUUUCCUGUUGUAAGCACUACCCAGACAAGAAAUAAUCAUCCAGCCAGGAUAGCUUUUCUGUGGCAAUUUACAAAAUCCGUACUCUCUCCCAGUGGUUCCCAAACUUUUUAGGUUCAAGGCGCCCUUAAUAUUUCAGUAUUUUUCCAAGUCACCCCAAGUAAAAAUUUCUAGGUUGUUAAAGUGCUGCGGCAUUUACUGGCGCUAUAGUGUAAUGUACAGUGUUGGUGUUUGAAGAGAUGCUUGUAUACAUUUAUUGUGUUUUAAUACAGGGGUGUGUUUGUAUGUAAUUGCAGGGGUGUGUCUGAAUGUAAUGUUCACUUUUAAAUGUGGAUGUACAUUUGUGUAAAGGGGUGUGUUUUUUUUUUAAUGUGUGUAUAUAUGUGUGUGUGUGUGUGUGUGUGUGUGUGUGUGUAUAUAUAUAUAUAUAUAUAUUUAUUUUUUAGUUUGUAUGGAAUAUUUGUGUUGGAUUGCAGGAGUGUACUUGUAUGUUGUGCUGGUGUUUGACUGCUUGGAUGUAUGCACAAACACUACCACAUACAUACAUAGAUAUUCAUGCACAUUAAAGGAUCACUAUAGAGUCAGGAAGACAAACAGGUAUUCCUGACCCUAUAGUGCUAAACCCACCAUUUAGGUGGCUUGCCCCCCUAUAAAAAUCUACAACUCUCCUUGUUUCCAGUGCUGCGCGGGGCUGCCGGGGCUGCCUCCACCCACUUUGUGACAUCAUCAAAAUGACCGAUUUAUAGCCAAUCCAAUGCUUUCCCAUGGGGAAAAUCAGCACGGGGGUGAGGACAAAUGCCGUUUUGGCUAAUCAGGACCUCCUCAUAGAGAUGCAUUGAAUCAAUGCAUCUCUAUGAAGGAAAAUUCAGCGUUUCCAUGCAUGGGGACGCUGAACAGCAGGGCUGCUUACUGUGCAACCCUGAGCCAGGAAGCCCCUCCAGUGGCCAUCUAAGGAGUAGCCAAUUGGAAAAAGGCAGUUUUUACAUGAAAAUGCCUGAAGGGAGUUAUUAUACUCACCAGAACAACUACAUUAAGCUGUAGUUGUUCUGGUGACUAUAGUGUCCCUUUAACACACAAAUAUAUAGAAAUACACAGACACUCACAAAUUCAUAUAGAUACACACCGACACAUAGAUAUACACACAUGCACCCUGACAUACUCAAAUAAAGAUACAUGCCCACACCAUGACAAAGAUACACACACUGACAUAAAAACACACACCUUGACACACGUGUGUGUGUGUGUGUGCGCACACACUGAUAGAUAUAUAGAUAUAUAUAUAUACUCUCACACACGUGAUUUUUUUUUUUUAUAUUAUUUUUUUUUAUAUAUAUCUCCAGACACCCUCCUGUUACCUUAUGUGCCAGGAGGGUGGCUUGGAGUUCUGCUGCUGUGGGAGUGAGGGGUCUUGAGCUCUUCAUACUCCUCUCCUCUCCUGCACUGUCUCCCUGCAGGAUUCUGGGAGGAAGUGACAGGCUCCAGACAUUACAGGGGCUGGUCGCGGUCUUAAAGGACUGCGGCACUCGACCGGGUCCCUGUUGAGCAGUAAUGUUUCCCCAGUGCUAUAAUCAUAGCACCAGGGAAACAUUCCACGGCACCCCUGUGUGCACCUCGCGGUGCCCCAGGGUGCUUCGGCACAUAGUUUGGGAACCGCUGCUCUAUCCCAUAAAUUUCUGCACAGCUGGGCUUUCUCAGCUAAGCGGCAGUUUCUGGAAGUUGUACUGUUAUCAGCUUUGACUUAUGAGGGUUGUUAGCUAAAUCACAACUCCUAGAAGCCUUUGCUGUGCUUUUCGAUGAUCUGAUCUGUGUUUUUGGAUUCAGUACAGUUUAGGAGUAGCUAGACAGGGGCUGGGGCAUGUACCAUUAAAGGAACACUAUAAUGUUGGUAAUACAAAUAUGCAUUCCUAAAGAUAUUGGCACUGGUGACCUCUCCUCCAUCGACGUCCGCUUCUGAGUGGAGCCGCAUGCGCAGCCAGAGGCACGCAUGCAUUCAAACUCGCCCAUAGGAAAGAAUAACUCAAUGCUUUCCUAUGGGGAUAUUUUUGACACUGGACUCCAUGAGGACGUCCGGCUUCAAAUAAGUGCGAUUUACUCUGUGUAAAUCUCGGAAGCGGACUGUAGUGGCUGUCAGUGAGACAUCCACUAGAGGCUGGAUUAACACUGCAGUUUAAACAUAGCAGUUUCUCUGAAAGUGCUCUGUUUUCAGCUGCAGGGUUAAACUAGGGAGACCAGACACUAAGGCCACUUCAUUGAGCUGAAGUGGUCUGGGUGCCUAUAGUGCUUUUUAAGAAAGUAGAUUUUGAAUUUAGAAACAUUGCUGCAGCUGUUGCAGUAGGAAACAUGGCUGAAAUAGUAAAAACUCCUGCCAAUUUAUCAUCAACAUUUAUAUCCACCCCCACUCACAGCUUAAAGGGACACUAUAGGCACCCAGACCACUUCAUUCCAUUGAAGUGGUUUGGGUGCACUGUCCCUGUCCCCUUAAUCCUGCAAUGUUAAUUAUGCAGUUCCUGAGAAAUUGCAAUAAUUGCAUUUCAGGGUGAAGACUGCCUCAAGUGGCUGUCAAUCAGGUGAUGUCUGGGGGCGAGGGAGCUAGAGGGCUAGGAAAACAACUUUGUAUUCCUAGCACUAUAGUAUUCCAUUAAUUUCUCAGCCAUACUGCAAUACCACACAUGUCAGAUCCCCAAAUAAAAAGCUUUUAUGACUUUUUCUGUUGGGAGGAUUACAGCACUGUAAGGACACUGAGUUUACAAGUAUUGUUUUUCGAAGACGUUAAAAUGCUCAGUUUUAUUGCAUAGCUGAGCUGUAUUAGACUCUCUCUAGUUUCUAUAAAACAGAAUGUACCCUGUGUAAUUGUUUUGUCUGUGUGAAAGCACGGCACUGUGGGUGAGUUUUGCUGCAGUCUGCCAAGCUGUACUCAUGCCUUGAAUUCUUCAGGUGCAGUUGGCGUCCCCAGGUUCUCCUACAUUUGAAAAGCAGCAGGUUGCAACUUUGAAACCAUUCCUAUGUCAGGAUGAUCGUGUAAUAACUGCUGAGAUAUUCAGAGCAUGUGAUGGUCCUUUUCAAGCAAGCAUCGUUUUCUUACUCAUUCAUUUUUAAUUGUAAUGCUAACAAACCCCAUAGAGUUGUGUCAUGGUAUCGGGGCUUACAUUUUCAAGCCUUAUACCACUAGCUAGGCUUUAACAGUUAUUCAUCACUGCUUAGAGCCGUGGUUCUCAACCUUCCUAAUGCCGCGACCCUUUAAUAAAGUUCAUCAUGUUGUGGUGACCCCCCCAACCAUAAAAUUAUUUUCGUUGCUACUUCGGAACUUUAAUUUUGCUACUGUUAUGAAUCGUAAUGUAAAUAACUGAUUUUCAUUGCUACAAAUUGAACAUAAUGAAAGCAUAGUGAUUAAUCACAAAAACAAUAUGUAAUUAUAUAUUGUGAAAUAUUUGUUUCUAAUUACACAUAAAUUAAAUUUUGUCUGGACACAUGGUGUAGCAUGAGUAACAGUCCCCUGUAAAAUCAGGGGUAAAUUUCCAAUUCUAUUCAAUGAAAGACGACACACAUUCAGUCUACACAACACCAUUGAGAAACAAUGCUUUCAUUCACAAUUACUUCUUUUUUUUUGGCUAACAUUUUUAACAGACUUGAGUGAUUCACAAUAAAGUUCUUUACUGGCAAACAUGUUAAUACAUAAAAUGUCUUAUCCAGAAAUCCUAUAUUGUUUUUUUUUUUUUUGUUUUUUUUAUGGAGAUGGCAAUGAACAGAUCUAUUUCUUUUUGAAAAUUUGGCAGCAGCAAAUUAUUUUGAACAAUUGUUUGUAAAGGUGGCUUUUCAAAAAGUGUUUGUUUUUAGUUUUUGUAUGGUUAGCAACCAUUAGGAAUGCAGAAUAAAAGAAGGUAACUUAAAUGAAUACAGUAGAUUUAUGGCCAGUCACAUAUACAUACAAACAGGGGGAGUAUCAUGUUUCCAACUCGUAAUAGGCAUAUAUAUGCAAUAUACGGAACAGAAUGAUCUGCAAUAGGAAGAAUAGAGACAAAUUCCUAGUUCAAUAUUGUCUAUAUUAAUAACAGUACUACAUCUACGUAAUGAUGUUCACUCACAAACUUGGAGCCAAUUAUCCUUAGGCCCAAUGUGAAGGCUUGCAGGAUAUUUAUGGAUCCUACUCCCUCUUAGGAUUCUGGUGUGGGGAUUCCCCCUCUGAUGUCAGGUAUAGAUUUACCAAUAUCGGCUCUCAUUCAAAGUAAUACUUUAUUGAAAAAUAAAAGUGAGAACUAAAGGAUAAAAUCAAGUGAUGUCCUUACAGUUCAGGUUUAGUGCCAAACGUGUUUUGCCUCGCCUGGAGGCUUCCUCAGUUGCUGUAUCAAUUUUCUGGAGUCCCUUCCUCUUCUUAAAUAGUUUUUAAAAGUUCCCGCCAUCGGGCACUUCCAUGGACGCUUCCAUAAACGCUGGGGUCCCAUGUGUAUUAUCUCUAUGAUGUGCUGUCACAUACACCUGUAUUUGUACGGAGUGUACGUGAUGGGGUUGGCGUGAUGAUGUCAUCACGCCGGGUACACGUAUGUGGGUGUGAUGGCAGAUCAUAUGUAGGGGCACUGGCAGAUCAUUUUAAGAAACAAUCCAGGCACAAUAACCACUACAGCUCUCUGUAGUGGUUUUGGUACCAGGAGUUGCUGUGACGCCCUCCCAGAGUAAGUAGUCAAACCGUUUAAAAAAGUUUGAUAACUUACUUGGGGUCUGCCGGGAUAGGGGCUGUAGUGUGUGUGUGUGUGUGUGUGUGUGUGUGUGUGUGUGUGUGUGAGAGAGAGAGGGGUGCAGUGUAUGUAUGGGGUAGCAAUGUGUAUAUUGGGGUGGCGGGGCUGUGUUUGUGUAUGGGGGGUAUGGGUGGUGGGGCUGUGUGUGUAAGGGAGGGCUGUAUAUUUGUGUGUGAUGCAGUGUGUAGGGGGUUAUAGUUUGUUAAAGAUAUUUUUUUUCUCUCUCCCUCCACCUCCCUCCCUCCUCCCAUAUUUUAUACAUUUUAUUUUGUUUAAAAGUUUAUUGGAAGGACGUACUAUGCUUCAUACUGAUAAAUGACAACAUUCCCUUGUUUUUUGUUUUUUUUCAAAUUGUAUUUUAUUGGUUUUACAACAAGUGGGCAAAACACCGUACACAGUCGCAUGUACACAUACCAUAACAUAUUAGUAGUGCAAGUCGCAGCUUGCUUACAACAUAAGUAGGUAGUUAAUACAGUCUAACAUAGUCAUCAUAAGGUUGUAGUUCAAUAACUUGCCAAUUGGCAUACCAUAUAUCUGCAAGUGGUUGCGAGAUGGUCCCGAAUGCAUCUGUGUAUAGCAUAGACAGAAGGGGGUAGUAGUAAACUAGGGAAGGGACGGGUGUGAGGAAGGAGACGGGAGAAACAGAACAGGGGGACAAAGUGUAAUCUGCUUGGUGGCACAUUUCCCAAGAUUGUUGAUCAAUCCUUUCGGGGUCUAGAGGUCAGUAUUGGAACCCAGAAUGUCGUCUCACGUGGCUUGCUGGUUUGUCAGCUGGGUCCACUUGCACCAGGUUUCUCGGAACCUGAGGGCUUGGGAGGCGGAGCUUAGGGACAUUUUUUCAUAAAUAUAAUAUUGUUGCAAUUUAUCCUUUAAUUGUGACCUGGGUGGGCAUAUUGUGCUUUUCCAAUUUGUCGCUAUGAGGUUUCUAGCUGCUAACGAGGUUAUCGCCACCAGUUGGUGAUAGAUUGAUUCUACCUUUUUAUCUGGUAUCAAUAAUAUGCAAUUGGAAAUGGACGGGGAGAAAGUUGAGGGUCCCAAUUGCCUCAGAAGUGUUCCCACAUCCUCCCACAAAGGACCACCAAAUAUGCAUUAUCGUGCCCUUCUCCACUCCACAUCUCCAGCACAGGGGAGACACAGUUGGGUAUAUUUUGUGUAGCUUGGUCGGGGUAAGGUACCAUCUGUAUAGUAGUUUUUUGUGGGCUUCUAUGUGGGAAUAACAUUUUGUCCAUUUGGACAGGCCGUUCAGGGCACCCAACCAGGUACCAUCCAGUAGGUCCGUACCUAAGUCCUCCUCCCAUUGUUUCUUGCACAGCGGAGGUACAUCUGGUGGCAUUGCUAGCCACGUUCUAUAGCAAAUGGAGAGGGCUUUAGGCUUGUUCGGUGUAUCCCUACAUCUAAGCAUAAUCAGAGAGGGCAUUAGUGGAUUAUUCAUGCUGAUAGGAGUUGGCGGGGGCAAAGCAUGGGAAGUCAGUAUACUCCUGAUUUGCAAAUAUUUGAAAGUGUCCUGGGCAGGCACGUUCCAUUUCCUCCUUAGUUCUGAGAAGGGUAUUACCUUACGAUUGUCUUCCAAGAGGUGCUCAAGUCUGUCUAAACCCAUGCGUGUCCAGUGGGAAAGAGAAAGUGAUUGGGUUAUGGUUUUUAGUGCCGUUAGGGGGGCCUUGGGGUGCAGUUUAUGACUGUAGCCUAUUUGGGCCAUAAAGGAAUCCCACAUCAGUAUGGUCAGCCUAGUGGUAGGGAAAAGAGGUGUGUGCUUGUACCGGAGACGUUGUGGGGUCCACAGGUAGUCCGUCAUGGACUUGUCUUGAAAUUGGUCCCUCUCCAUAUCCACCCAUUGUGUAUGGCCUUGGGGUGAGUGUGCCGCUAUACAUGUUGCCAGGGCAGCUGCUUUGAAGUAGAGGUGGAUGUUAGGGAGGCCCACUCCCCCUCUGUCAGGUGUAUUUUGUAGUAGCUUAAGUGGCAACCUCGCUUUUUUGCCCCCCCAAACGAAAGUGUUACAGGAAGAUUGUAGUACCUUAAAUAGUGCAGCGGGUAUCGGGAGAGGGAGCAUGCGAAACACAUAGAGGAGUUUUGGGAGUGUCAUCAUCUUGAACGUGUUAAUCUUACCUAGCCAGGAUAGGUGGGUCGUUUUCCAACCCGCCAACUCCUUUGUGCAUAACUGUAAUAGAGGCGUGUAAUUGUGUUUUACAAUUCCUGCUAUUGUAGGAGAUAUUUUAACCCCCAGGUACGUUAAGGUGCUAACUCUCCAGUCGAAUUGAUAAGAGGAUUUUAAGGUGACUAAAUCGUCUUGGGGUGUGUUAACAGGUAGCGCCUGUGUUUUGUCUCGGUUUAAUUUGUAAUGGGAGACGUUUCCAAAUUGUGUCAGCAGAUCGAGAAUGUGAGGUAGCGCCCGUCUUGGGUUUGAGAGGGAUAUUAUAACAUCGUCCGCAAAAAGAGAAAGACGGUAUUCUUUUCCUUUAACGGUUAUACCUCGCAUAUGUUCGUGAUCCCUGAUCUUUUGGGCCAGGGGUUCUAGGGAGAGGAUAUACAACAGGGGAGAGAGCGGGCAGCCCUGUCUAGUUCCAUUCGUUAUGUGGAACUUCGAGGAGAGGAAACCGCCACAGGACACCUUGGCAGCUGGGGUGGUGUAUAGUGCCAUGAUUUGGGAUAUGAUAAGAGGAGGAAAGCCAAAUUUGUGGAGAACCUUCUGCAUAUAAGCCCAGUUGAGCCUAUCAAAGGCCUUUUCUGCGUCCAGCGCCAAGAAGAGGCCUUGGCCUUUGGUUCUUUCUAGUUCUGCUAAGAGAUUCAAUACCUUCCUGGAAUUGUCUGAACCCUGCCUGCCUUUGAUAAAACCGGUUUGGUCAUUGUGUAUGAGUUUGGGCAGGAAUUUGGCCAGUCUGUUACUGAGAAUUUUGGCAUAUAUCUUUGCGUCACAGUUGAGAAGGGAGAUGGGUCUAAAGUUUUUGCACUCUGUCGGUGGUUUCCCUGGUUUGGGCAACGUCGAGAUAUGGGCUAACAAUAAUUCGUCCGGUAGCGUCCCUUUUUGUAUGCUGUGAUUGAAAGGGUUCAGUAAAUGGGGGGCUAGUGUUGUUUGGUACGUGCGGUAGUAGGCGUUAGACAGACCAUCUGGUCCGGGCGCUUUCUGCGUCGGAAGGGAUUCAAUUGUGGCAAAUAUCUCCUCUAUGGUGAGAGGGGUGAGGAGUGAAUCCGCGUCGUCCUCGCUCAGAGACGGGAGCGUAAGGUCUGAUAGGAACCUGUUUAUUUCUGUGGUGGCGGGAGUGGGCACUUGUGGAUCUGUGUUGAGAUUGUAUAAUUUGCUGUAGUAGGUAGCAAACGUGUCUGCUAUGUGUUGCGGGUCUAGUAUUUUCCCUCCUUUAGCGUCCAGGAGGUGUGAGAGUUUAGUAGCUGUGGAACGUGUUUUUAGCUGGGAAGCCAGUUUGGCUCCUGCUCUGUUACCUGACGCAAAGAAGUUAUGUUUCAUGCGUCUUAGCAGUGUCGUUGACUUAGACAGUUCCAAGUCGCGCAAUUGGUUCUGCAGUCGUAAGAUAGUGGCAUGGUGAGUGGGGGUUGGAGUUAGUUUAUUUGAGUGUGUGGCCUCAGCAAGUUCCUUCAGGAUGUUAGUGUAGUUCUCGAGGCGUUUCUUUUUGGCGUAGCUAGCGUGUUUAAUGAAGCACCCUCUAAUAACUGCUUUGUGUGCUAACCAGAUUUGAUCCGGGGUGGAAUUUUGUUCUGUAUUGUCUUGGAAGUAGUGCUGUAGAUCUUGUUUAACCUGGUCUAUUACACUCGGGUCUUUCAAUAGCCAAUCAUUUAAGCGCCAGCUGCCUCGGCCUUUAGUUUGGAAUCUUUCUGUCAGGGACAUAGUAACCGGUGCGUGAUCCGACCAGCUAAUGAGUCCGAUGUGGGUACUUUCUAUUUUGGGGAGCAUCCUUAAGGGAACCAGAAAUCGGUCUAUCCUGGAAUAGCAAUUGUGCGCUGCUGAGUGGCAAGUAAAGUCCCUUUCGCUAGGGUGUUGUAUGCGCCAUGGAUCUACAUAAUUGUGCGCUGUAAGGGUGUGCCUAAUGCGAGUAAUUAGUUUCCUCCUGGCUUUGAUGGUCUGGGACUGUAGGGGUUUCUGGUGUGAAGAGUCUAGACAAUCAUCUAACAAAAAAUUUGUGUCCCCCCCCACUAUCACCUCUCCAAAGGCGUGUUUGGUACAGAGCAACAAAACCAGUUCCAAGAAAUCAAUUUGCUGAUCAUUAGGGCUAUACACAUUUAUAAACGUAUAUGGGUUGUUGUUAACAUAGCAUUGUAACACUAUAUAUCUGCCUUUUUUGUCACCAAGUUUACGAACUAGGGAGAAAGCCACAUCUUUGCUUAUUAAGAUGGACACUCCUCUUUUUUUCUUUUUUGCAUAGCAAGCAUGGUAGUCUAUGGGGUAUGCUAUGGAAGUUAAAUUUGGACGUUGGCCCCAUUUAAAAUGUGUUUCUUGAAAGAAUGCCACAUGGGCAUCUAGGGAUUUAACCUCCUUUAGCGCUAGUCGCCUCUUGUGCGGAGAAUUGAGCCCCUUGGCAUUCAGGGAACAGAUAUUAAGCACCAUGGUGUAUGUUCAGCAGUCUCAUGUUACAAGUGGGAUUGGGACCAUCUAGCCCUCCCUUCGCGAGUCGGUGAAUCUCCCACCCAUCUGUGGGCGUUGCCCGGCGACCAAAGGUCCAGCAUAUAUGUCGGUCAUCCCAAUUUAUACCUGGUAGAUAAGGUAUAUGUAGUGGCCUGGUAUUUAGGUCCCAUGGGUGGAUAAAGUGGAGGGGUGAUACUGGUAUCCCUAGGGUCUUGAGAAUAAGCCAAGUCUGUACACUAAAAUCAUGGUUAUCAGAACACAAACACAAAAAAGAGGGUAAAAACAUAAGAAAAAACAUGCAAACUAUGUACAUAAAACCGUCGGUCAAACGAAUUCGACCAAAAGGUGGAAAACGGUUAAUGAUGCGGCUCAAAAUUAAGCCACUUUGGGGGGCAGGUGACCAGCAACAGAUUGGUGGGUCUACGCACAUAAGAGAUCCGUACUAGACGUAGUGCUCCGUACGGUGUUACAAUUGCUGAGACCUUGCCAAGGCAUACACGGUUUAGGUAUAUACAGGCAGUGUUGUUCUCUAUUGAUUCUCUCUUUUUUUUUCAUUUUUUUUUUUGUUAUAAUUGUUUUUCUUUUCUUUUUUUUUUUCUAUCAACAGUAGUAUAGCAGUGUGACAUAGGUUAGGCACAUCAAAUGAGUAUACUUAUCGUCCCUUUGUAGAGGUCAUGUAGGUUCUUGUGGUCGGCCGCGUGGCACUUGAGUCCAAACUUUAUUUAAUUUCACUGGUGAUUUGGUGUGUUGUGGUGCGGGAGCCGUCGUGGUAGUGAGAGGAAUGUCCCAGGCCCGCAAUAUUUUCCUUCCUUCUUCGGGAGAAGCAAUACUGGAAUCUGUCCCAUUGCGUUUGAUUAAGAGUCUGGUUGGGAAGCCCCACUUGUACUGAAUAUUUGCCUCUCGUAGUGCUGCAGUGAUGGGGGCAAAGGCUUUCCUUUUCAUCAUCGUCGAUGCAGAUAGAUCAAUAAAUAGCUUAAUUUGAUUGAAUCGCCCCGGUGGGGGAGGGUUUCGUCGCGCUGCAUGCAUAACUCUUUCUUUAGUAGUAAAGUAAUGUAACUUCGUGAUUACAUCUCUGGGGGUUUGUGGGCCCAGAUGUUUUGGUUUGGGCAACCUGUGGGUCCGAUCGAGUAAGAGCUCUCCAUCCGUUAAUUCUGGCACAUAUUCUUUAAAGAUGCCUUGUACGUAGGAUUGCAGCUCUUGCGGUGUCACUGAUUCUGGGAUCCCCCUCAGCCUGAUGUUAUUACGCCGAUCUCUAUCCUCAUGGUCGGCCACUUUGUCUUCUAGCUUUUUAAUUUUGUCUUGUAGUUCAGUAUAAGCGUCUGUUAUUUCAUCUGCCCUUUCUUCUAACUUUGCAGUCCUGUCUCCCACUUGUUGUAUGUCUGACCUGAUGUCUGAUGCUAUUUGCAUGAGGUCUGUGUGGAAUGUGGAUUUGAGGUCUGCAAGUAAGGAUUUGAGCGUGGCAGUUGUAACUGGGGCAGAGUAGUCAGCCAUGCUGUGAGCAGGAUCACUUACUUCCGAAACGGAGGUUGGUGAGCUCGGGCCGUCGGCGCCAUCUUGUCCCGCCAUAUCCAGCAUGGUGGCCGAGGUGAGGUGCAUUUGAAGCGUUUUCUGCUUCAACUUCUUGCACGAUUUCGUCGCCAUUUGUAUCUGCGGUAUGCGGCAGGUGUUUACCCGCCGUUCUGUUGUUUUUUGCGGUCGGGUGUACGCCGUGACUAUGCUGCGAACACCAUACAGCAGAGGAGCUCAGCACUCACGCGUCCGUCCUCGUCCGCCGCUAAGACACGCCCCCAACAUUCCCUUGUUUUAUAUCUUUUCUAAACUCUCACGCAUUUUGAUUUGAUGUAUUAUUGUGCUUAUAAUCUUUUCAAUUUCUGAUUAAUUUUGUGCUCUAUAGAAUUGGUUACGAAAGACUAAAUUCUAUGUCCUUUGCCCAGUUUUAUGUAUGUUACCCGUAUUUAUUCAAGUAUUUGUGGAGUGAAAAAAUAUCUAUGAUGAAAUCCACCCUGUGAUGGGGAAAGUAUGCUAGAUGGUGCCUGGCAAUAUAUGUACAUGUUCCAAGACGACUAUUUUGUCUUUGGAUCACAAACAAAAGUCUAUUUGAAAAAACAGCCUUUGUCUGGCCUUUCCCUUAUUAAAGGGAUAAUGCUCUCAACAAAUGCAACUUUAUUAUUUUUAUUUUAUUCCUCAUUAAUAUGCUGUUGUUUUGUAUUUCUUUUUCGUGCACCAAUCUUUACAAUUUUUUAACAAAACAAAUGGUGUUGCAGAAUGCUGCACCUUAACCCUUAAAGGACGAAGUCAAAACAAAAACGUAAACAAAAACUGGAAUUUGUGCUAUAUGUCUGUUCAACCGUAAGUCACCUCUUUCAUAUUAAAUACAUCCACACUUAUUAUAUAUCAUUUUGUUCAGGAGAAACAGGGCUUUCAUUUCAUAUCAAAUAUUUAUAUAUGAAACAUAAUUUAUUAUGAAUAAAAUUUAAAAAACGGUGAAAUUUUAAUUAAAAAAAAAAAAAUUGUAGUUACACCUCACAUUUUGGCUGUAAAUGUCAUAAUACUGUUAAGUUUUACUGCAAUAAAAAUGCACAUAUUUGUUAUCAGCGAUGUCUCACGAGUACAACAGUACCCCCCAUUAACAGGUUUUAUGGUGUUUUGGAAAGUUAUAGGGUCAAAUAUAGAACGUUCCAUUUUUAAAUUGAAAUUUGCCAAUUAAGUAAUGUUACCUUUGAGACGGUGUGGUAGCCCAGGAAUGAGAAUUACCCCCAUAAUGGCAUACCAUUUGAAAAAGUAGACAACCCAAGGUAUUGAACGUGGGGUAUGUUUAGUCUUUUUAAGUAGCCACUUAGUCACAAACACUGGCCAAAGUUAGCGUUCAUAUUUGUUUUUGUGUGAAAAAAGCAAAAAACUAAUAUUUGGCCAGUGUUUGUGACUAAGUGGCUACUAAAAAUGACUGGACAUACCCCCUUGGAUUGUCUACUUUUGCAAAUGGUAUGUUAUAAUUCUACAUAAUUAGAUCAUUUUAUUAAUUACAAUUUGCGGGACCUGCCUGAUUUAAUUUGUUAGCACUAUAUUUAACCCUGUAACUUUCCAAGACACCAUAAAACCUGUACAUAGGGGGUACUGUUUUACUCAGAAGGCUUCGCUGAACACAAUUAUUAGUGUUUCAAAACCGUAAAAUGUAUUACAACGAUGAUAUCAUCAGUGAAAGUGAAAUUUCUUGUAUUUUUCACACACAAAUGGCACUACACUGACAAUAUAAUUGUUGUGAUAUGUUUUACUUUUUAGAAACACUAAUAUUUGUGUUCAGUGAAGUUUCAGAGUAUAACAGUACCCCUCAUGUACAUUCUUUAUGGUGUUUUCAAAAGUUACAGGGUCAAAUAUAAGGCUUGCGUUUCAGUUUCUUCACAUUGAAAUUUGCCAGAUUGGUUACGUUGCCUUUGAGACCGUAUGGUAGCCCAGGAAUGAAAAUAUGAAACAUUUUAAUAUGAAUAAAAUAUAAAAAAAUGGGAGACUGUAUGGUAGCCCAAGAAUGAGAAUUACCCCCAUGAUGGCAUACCUAACCAGAAUGCCAACUUUGGCCAGUGUUUGUGACCAAGUGGCUACUAAAAAAGACUGGACAUACCCCAUUUGCAAUACUUUGGGUUGUCUACUAUUGCAAAUGGUAUGUCAUCAUGGGGGUAAUUCUUAUUCCUGGGCUACCAUACGGUCUCCCAUAAUAUUUUUUCAUAUUUUAUUCAUAUUAAAUUACGUUUCAUACCUAAAUAUGUGAUGUAAAACGAAAGUCUUGUUUCCCCUAAAUAGAAUUACCUAUAAUAAGUGUGGGUGCACAUAAUAUGAAAGAGGUGAAUUACGGUUGAACAGACAUAUAGUGAAAUUCCAGAUUUUGUUUACGUUUUGUUUUGAUCACAACGUGUACAUUUGGCUCAGUCUUUAAGGGGUUAAAAGCAGCUUACUCAGUGCUGUCAAGGCUGAACUGCUACAUACAUUUGAUAAGGAGGUAUUUAUGGCACAAGGGGCGUGGCUAAGGAGGUAGGCUAUUGUUGUAGUGUUUAGAAAAACAUUUUUUUGUGUGCAAAAACUACAAAGAUUUCAGCAUUAAAAAAGAAAUGAAAAUACAGCAUCUUAAAGAGAUCAAAAUCUAUCAAAUGCAUUAAAGUUGUUUUGGUUCCUGGAGUGUCACUUUGAGUGCUGUAUAUAUUUUCUACUUUAUUGAUUAGCAAAACACUGCGCUUAUGGCAUUUUUUUUUUUUUUAUCUUUGCUUAAAGGAACACUAGGCACCCAGACUACUUCAGCUCAUUGAAGUGGUCUGGGUGCAUAUUCCCAGGUCCUUAACCCUGCAAAGGUAAGUAUUGCCGUCUUCCAGAUAGCCACUAGAGGGUCGUCCAGGCUGUUAGGCGACUUUUGGUCACCUAACUGACGUUGGAUAUCCUCAUGCUAUGCAUGGGGACAUCCAGCGUCACCCCAAACCCCCUAAGGAAGAGUUGUAUAAUGCUUUCCUGUGAGGGAAGUACUAAUGCGUGCAUGACCACUGGAGCGGAGCCUGAGCCAGCGUCUAGGGACAUCAGGGCUGGACUCAGGUAAGUAAAAGAAGGUUUUUUGUUUUUGUUUGUUUUUUACCCUUUCUGUACCAUAGAGGGGGGGGGGCUACAGUGCCAGGAAAACAACUGUAAAGAAAUGAACCUAACUAAAAUAAAACAUUCCCUAUGGACUUUCUGACUUGUUAAGAAUUUCAUCAAUGGAGAACCUGUUAUACAGGGAAUGGAAGUCUGUAAAUAAUCACAUAAUUACAGUUUGAAUGUACAGUUUGUCUCAAAAUCUUACCUUAAAGGGUGUCACGUGCGUGGGCUAUAGGCCCAGCCGAGACAGUGGGGAGAGUGUGGAAGUGACAGAGUUAAUGACACCAGACCCCUGGUUACCUGUUGCUAGUCCCAGCAACCACUCAAUUAACCCCUGCAAUCCCUUCUACACUAUCCCCCUUAGUACUACUGCCACCACCAAGACUUUUAAACCCGGGCGUCUUAGGUUACCCCACACACAGGAGAAUUAUAGUAUCACAGUUCUACUUUUACUGAUAAAACAUAUAUAGUUAACCCCUUUUGGUAACGUGUUUACCUGAGCUUUCCUCUGGAGAGUGAAGCUCAUAGAGAACAGAGACACAAGCUGAUUAAGUAAACAUUUAAUCUGACAAAAAGGAUUCACAGUGCUGAGUACAAAAUACAGAAAUAAAUGACAUACAGAUAACAAAUUGCAAAACAGUACAUAAAAUAAAAUAGGAGAAAACACAAGAAAUUCCUUACAUAUAUUUACCCCAUAUAGAAUUCUUGUGGGAGUCUUAGAUGGUAUAGGUCUCCUAGAAGUUACUGACAAAAGAAAAAUGAAUAACUGACUACCCUGGAUAGUCCAACACCCUCAUAUAUCUAAACUAGUUGUUUCUCAGUGGGCAGACCCCUGGGGGGGGGAUCAGAGGGGGUUGGUCUGGAAGUCUAUUGCCCACUCGUGGAAAAUUCCUUGUGUCCAGCUCUGGUGAUGGCUAUCUAGAUGUUUUAUGGUCUAGGCCUGGUGCAAGAUCAAAGACCACAAUAAAUGUCAUCCCAAGGUUUACAAAAAACAACUCUUAACAUAUAUAAACACACAUCAAACACCAACUCAUGCUUUUGGCAUGACAAAGGGAAACUCUAAAAUUAGAAAUACAAUCACUUAUUCGUUUCUAAUUAGUGUUUCUCAAUGGGAGACCAGAGAUAGACUAAGAUUAUCAGCAGAUGAACUAAGGCUAUUGUAUAGCAUCCAAAUUUCAAAUGAACAAAGUGAAACUUUAAUAUUAGGUGUGGCCAAGGUCUUUUUUUAGAAUUUUUGGGUGACUUAUAACAAUUUACAGUGUAUCUUAUUUACACAGACUGCAUUGUAAACACGUAUAUUUUAAUCUAUAGCCUGUAUUCCUACCUCUAUAGUGCCCCUGUGCCUUGUUAGAUACAGUACCUCCACCCACACCUUCUUGAAUAAAAGUAAAAAAAAUAAUAAAGGGUUUUACUCACAGUUUUCUAGUGCAGAGAAUCUCUCAGAGCUGCUUAUCACCCUGUUUCCCACAACAUCUUUGAGGAGCCAUGGACCCCUCCGACGAUGGGCUACUGCAGUGCUCUCAUGAGCGCAUACAUCCAAGCUUCCCCUUAGAAGAGAAAUUAUUUCAAUGCUUUCUUCAUGACACAGCAGCAGUCCAUGAGGGCUGGUUUAGGAAUGACUGCCUUAAGAUAACACUGCACCUAGAACCUCAAGGCACUAUAACAACUGCAUUGAGCUAAAGUGGUUAUACCUGGAAUAAAUAAAUUCAUAUAAUGCAUAAGAAAAGUGUGUGCAUGUACAUAAUAUAUCUUUUGUUCUGAUAUUUAUUUUAAGAUACAAAUGCGAUAUAUACUAUAUAAUAAAAUAACAAAAAGGGACUCUCUUCCCUCCAAACAACUUUAAACACUUCCCGAAGUCAAUGAGCCAAAUAAUCUCUAUGAGGAGAUGCUAAUUGGCGCAGCAUGGUGAUUGCUACACAUGCUUACUUGCCGUCCAAUGCUUCACUGGGGGGAAGGAUUGGAUUGCGUGAAAUCAUCAGUAAUGAUGAUCUCAGCCAUGAGAGAAUUGGUGGCUGCGGGGAGACGGGUGCAUGGGAGGAUUAAAGGUAAUUACUUCAAUAAUUGCUGGGGGGAGGGGAGAUCAGUCUAUAAAUCUAAAUAGCUUAACAUUGAGAAGCAUUUUUGAGGCCUAUAUAUUUUAGAGUGUUGCAUUAUGUAGUCACGGAGUUGGGCCGUUCCUCCAUUUUGUAAACACACCCAUUUAAUUUAAAAGAUGUCUUAAGCCUGAUCCUUCCAAUAGACACAUUUUGCUGUACAGAAUUGGAGGGCCAACUUGAAGAAAAUACCUGUACGGUACAUUUUUGGUAUUGAGUAGUUUAAAAAGGUUAAACCUGGGUCCAGGCUCAGGCCAGUCCCUAGGAGAUAAUUUCAUAUAGAGAAAACCUUAUGCUAAAACGAUAGAUUUCACUGCACUCCCACUAACCAUGAUAAUAUGUAUCCAGGACAUCACAGCCCUUGUAGCACAAACUAGUUGUCAGUCGGUGCAUAUACCUAAUCCUAGCUGGGUUACCAGAAAUUCCACUUUACCACAGUUGUAAAUUAAUUUCCUUAAUGGAAAUAUCAUUUUCCAGUCCUCUGGCUGCAUUCAUCUAAAUGGAUCUUGCUCUCAUCUUUUUGUAAUGAACAUUGUUCUUUUGGCUAUUUCCCCCUUGUAUAUUUUGUGGGCUGUAGGAUGUAUCUGAGUCUUGCCGAUGUAGUUGUGCUAUCACAGAUGUGCUCUACAAACGUACUAUUAGGAGUUACUCUAACCCAAAAAAUAAAACAAUGUUUUUGGUUAGAGUAACCAUUACCGGCAUGCUACUGUUUGACUCCUCCUUCACAAAAAAAAAAACCUAGAGAAUGGAAGAAAAUCCUUACCUUCAAUACCUGGCCGAGGCCAAGUUCUCCUUGCAGCCUGAUCCUUCUAUGGUGAGAACUUGGUUAGUAUAAAGUGAGGUGCUGUGCCGCCAUUGGUCAUCUAGGAAUACAGAUUAUUAUUUCUAUUGUUAUCGAGUUGAUUUAACAGGUAAAAUUAUCACACUGCGUAUACGACUUCAAGCAGCAAUACCACUUUAAGCCACUGAAUUGAUCAUGGUGCGUGGAGUGAUGUAUAAUUUAUAUUUGGACAGCUUUGACCUUCAUUAUUUUAGGCACAUUCUUAAAGGGCAAACUGCUUCUAAUGUAUAAAAAAAGAAUGCUUAUUAAAACAUUUUUUUUUUUUAAAGACUUUCUAUUUUUUUUUAAUUAUUAUUAUUUAUUAUUAUUAUUAUUUUUUUUUUAUAGGUGUAAACUUGCUUCUCUAACCAAGAAGUAUCAUCAUGGAGCCCGAAGUCAUCCGAAUGUAUUCUUCAUCUCCACCUCCUCUUGACAGUGUUGCAGACGAUGAUGAAGACGAUGAAUUUGGAGAAUUUGGGGGCUUCUCCGGAGUCGGUAAUUCUGGAAUGGGAUUUUCAGAUUUUGAUGCAGUUAAUUAUGCUAAAUCUCACGAAGACUUUAUCCCAUCAAAACACUUCAUGCCAAUUCAUGAUUACUCAGAUAAUGUAAAUAACUACAGUAGCCUUACCUCUGUCCCAGACAAACAAAUCGUGUCUGAGAUUACUUCCAAGAAGGGACCUUGCAGAGUGUUAGAAACUAACAACAGCAACGAAUUAUCACCAUAUAUUGCUGCUCUGGAGAAUAAAGGGAGCUUAGCAGAGAAUUUGAAAAGGGCAGAUUUCAAUGUGGACUCAGAAAACAGCAUUUCAGGUGUUGGCAGUACUGAAUUAAAUAGUAAGGAGGAGCCGAUAGCUGGUACGUGUAAUGGAGAGAAGGCACACUGUCCAGAGAAUCUUACAAAUGGGUUUGCAGUAGUAGAUUCUGUUGACCCUCAGGGAAAAGAAGACCUGGACAGCAUUCAUGGUUCAAAGGGAUUGAAGUCUUUCACUACUCUGAGUACAGAUCUAGACUUAGAAUUUACACCGAGUCCUGAGGAUGAGUUUGCAGACUUUUCCUUAUUUUCAAAAAAUGACUCUGUACAUCUAGAGCAUUUGCACCUGAAAACAAACAGAGGUUCACAUGAAGGAGAGACUGCAGAUAUCAAGGAAACCACUACACUGAACAGUAAUGAAAAUGAUUCGAUAAAGAAAGUACUUCCAGAUCUGGUCUCUGGAAAUGGGGACAAAGUAGGUGAUCUGGAUUGCACCAAUUGCAUUUCUGAAGGCGAUACAAUGUCAGAUGACAUUGUUGAACCCCAUGUAGCAUCUACCAGUGCUGUGAUGCAGUUAAUGGAUACAGAACGUGUUUCCGGAAAAAUUAGAGAGCUUGUACAAAAUAAAGAGGAUUUCCCAGAAACCGAUGACGUUAGUUAUGUCACACAAGUCCAGUCGUUGGAAAUGGUCGAAACCAAUCAAAACACAAUACCAAAUUUAAAUAGUGAUGAUAAUUACAAUAGUGAUGAUUUGUCCAGUGUUUUAAAAGACAACAUUUUAAGUGAGAAUGAAAAUGCCAGUCAUCCUGUUAGUGAAAAUGUGUUUUGGAACUCUGAAGUCCCUAUUAGGAAUCAACCACUUUCUUCAACAGACCAUAGCAAAGUACAACUGGAUGCAAAUGUAAACAAACUUAAUGAUGACUUUGGUGAAUUUGAGGAAAUAAACACAGUCCCUUUUGAAGUGGAGCCAAAAGUAACACCAGACGAAACAUCAGCAUUUCAGGAUUCUGGUGAAAAACAUUCUGGAUUUGAGUCUCACAAUGAUUUAGAAUCGUUUGAUGAUUUUGGAGACUUUAAUUCUACAGCAAAAACUGGAGACCAGAGUAGUUUUCAAGAAUCUGAUGAUUUUGCGGACUUCAGUGCGGCUGGUAAAACCGACCAGUCUUCAGAUUGGAAGGCUUUUGAUGAUGACCACAUAGAAAGUUCAGCAUGGAAUGCAUUUGAUCAGGAGACUGACUACUCUGCUGCAGACUCAGAGUCUUGGCAGACACAUAGGACAAACGUGCCUUCUAGUGACCAAGCCAUAAACAUGCAAAGCGAUGUGACACCAGUAUUUCAUGAAUCUGAACCUAAUUUUCUCACUAAUGGGUCAACAAGUGGAUCUCAGGUAAUGCUGUUUUUUCCUUUGUCUUAGAAGUGUUAUUUAAGAAUAGUUAUAGCCUAAGCUACUAUUUUCAUGUCUCUCUAUUGUCAAUUGUUUUAAAACCGUACCGGCUUUCAAGAACAUUUUAGUACUUCAAAUCACAAAUGCAUAGUGUUUCAACCCAAGGCAGUGGCAUUUUUAUUGCCAAGCCUGACUUUAGCAGUUAUGAAGUACUGUAAGUAGUGUCACUGUAAGUUAUGUUAUGUCCAAAGAUGACCGUUGCUCCAGCCGGUAUAGCAGGUGCUAUGUGUUCUAGUAUAGGAUUACAUGUUGAUUGAUGGCAGUGUGUGAAAAGAUUGAGUAUAAAAGGGUUAAUAGCCCUAAGCCUCUAGAUUUACAACUCUAACCAGACAUAAAGUUACACCAGAUUAACACUCAAAUUCUACUUACACCACCCCAGGUCAUUACGUAACCAUUGGUAAAAUCUAGGCUUUUUAUUUGGGUGUCUUGUGUGGUCACCAACAAUUUGGUAAUGCGAUAAAUGUACAUACUGUGAAUUUGCUCAAGGUUUAAUACAUUGGCAGUCAGGACUGGAAUGAUGAGUGCACCUUAUUUGUGGAACAAGUACUUAAAGGGGUAGAAAAGAGAGAUAUAAUGUUUAUACUUCCUUUAUUGCAUAUUCUAUUUUAUUUUCAAAUUUCUUAUAUAUUCUGUUAAUAGCUUGCUAGAGCUUCCUGUAUGUGAUUACAUUUAGAUUUACAUAAAAACUUCUAAAGUAAGUUUACAUCUGAUUGAAAAUUAAACUUUUUUCCCUGCACACUUUGACAGUAACAGCCAGGGGAGGCGUGGCUAGGGCUGCAUGAACAGAAACACUAGGGAUUUAACUCCUAAAUGGAAGAGCAAUGAAACUGCAGGGUUAUAAUCUCUACACUAAAACUACUUGUUUAAGUAAAAGUUGUUUUAAUGCCUGUACUAUCCAUUUAAAGGAGAACUGCCAUGUCCAACGGUUUUUAAUAUUCUGUUUACGUAUCCCUAUAAUUAGCAAAUCUGUAUUUGUGAGGUACAAAAACAGAAAAAUACAUGGAGAAAUCAACACCUUCAGAUAGGUGCCUCCAUCUUACCUUCCUUUCAAUCAUUGUUCGUUAACUCUGUCUUUUAAAGAAAGCAGUGACGAAUAGAAAUAAAGUGUCUGUUUCUCCCUGUAAUUUGCCCUGGCUUUGACUUGUCUGAACUGGAUUGUACUAAUUCUUUAAUAGAAAUGUUACAUGGGGCACCACAUACAGUAUGUGAAUGAUAACGCGAGCUGUAGGUGAUUUCCCCCCAUGUUUCCUUCAACAGUGUAAACAUUAUAGAAGUGACCGUUUCUUUAAAUAAAUUAAAUACUCUAUUAAUGCCACAACUGCAAACUAAAAAUAAAACAUUUUACAACCCCCAACGAACUAGGCAGGAGCAAGCCUUUUCUGUAAGGGUGCGUGGCAAGAUAAUUUUUUAAUAUAUCAGGCUUGAUAGGGAGGAUAUUACCCAAGCCACUGUUUCCAAUCCACCCUUCCAUAUCUUCAUAGUGAACAGAUGUGUUUUUUUUUUUUUAUAUCAACGUUAUACUUUCUAGCACGUCUUUAAAACACCAAAUAGAAACCGCAUUUAUGCACUUUAUUCUCUGAAGAAUAUACAGAGUAUGUGCUGAAAGGUGCAAAUGGGUAACUUGUGCAUACCGAGACCUAUACACUUGCCUAGCUAGAACUUAUAUUCUGAGUGAUCUGUAAGGAUAAUGUUGCAGCUGUAGAGUGCUAUAACCAUCAAAAUGUGGUUUAUUUGCCUGCUCUAAAGAGUUUACAUAAUGCAGGACUUACUCUUAAUUUUGGUUCUGCCAGGUAGUAGAUGUGCAGAACAGAUAAUCAGUGAUCUAUAAUUCUCCCUCCUUUCUCUCCCAGAUAAGAGCUGUGUAGGUCCAAGCCAUGGUGCUAUACUCAAAAAGACCAGGUUUCCUAACUAGAUCGAUAAUAUUAUAGUUAAAGUUCCCAGCUAUGCUUAUCAUAAUUCCUUCUACAGCUACUUAACAAGUAACUUAUUGUCUGUAUAGCACUUUUUGGGCCAAAGGUAUUGGCUACAUUGAGGCAACUGCGUUCAUAAUAUUUUAUGUAUAUGCAGAUAAUGCAAGUCGAUCACUUUUGUCUUUUCUUGCAUAGCAAUCAUUACUGAGCCGUCUUGAACGAAUCAUUCAAGUCUGUUUUCCUCCUCCACCUGUAUCUGAAACAGAAGAAAGUAUACCAUCCUUAGAUGACCUCUUAACAGUCACACUCGAGAAAACCACAAAGUCCAUGGCUGGCACCAGGUAAGAACACAGUUUGUGCUUCGUGAAUAUUAUUCUCUGAAAGGGGAUAAAUUGGUGUUACAUACAAAAUAUCCGGAUAAGUAUAGUCCCAUGUCAUCUCAGGACAGGUACAAGCCUGUCUCUACUCGCUAUAAUCAGGGGCUUCUAAAUUGAUAAGCUAGAGUUGAAAAUCCCAUUGCAGCCUUAAAACGAUAUCCCUAUUUAUUUUCCACUGUCAAGUAAUGGUCUAUAUAUGUGUUCCAGUAGUAGACUGCCCCAGGCAUACCACAUUUUAUUUAGCUCACUUUUAUUCCUUCAAGAUUUAAGGGACACUGUAGGCACUGUAACCACUUCAUCUCAUUGAAGUGUUUAUAGUGUCUGGUCCUAUCAUUCCAAUCGGUACUGCACCGUGUGACUGACGUUCGGUGUCUCCGACCUCUGCAUGGAGACAUUGAACUUUUCUCAUAAAGAUGCAUUGAUUCAAUGCAUCUCUAUGAGGAGAUGCUGAUUGGCCAGGGCUGUGUUUGGCUUUUGCCGGCUCUGCCCCUGAACUGCCUCCUUGACAUUCCCGGCCAAUCUAAUGCUUUCCUAUGGGAAGCAGACUGGCAUAAUAGUAAGAUUUUACUAUAUUUAGUGGAGCGGGGGGCGGAGGGAGGGUGUGCAUAUAGUGUUUUUUACAUACAUGUUUGUGUUUCUGACCCUACAGUGUUCCUUUAACAUGUCGUAACUCUAGGAUUUAGCACUUAGCCUGGCUAAAUGACCGUUUGUGAUUUGAAAAGUGUUGUAGGAAUAGUUAAUAAAUACAAAGACCUGAUUCAUUGUCAAUGGAUAAUACAAUUAUUUAUAUUUAAGGUCUACAAAUACCAUAACCACUGCAGCCUGCUAUGCUGGUUUUGGUGCCAAAAAGUAGGUCCACAGUAAGUAGUCAAACCAUUUUUAGUAGUUUGGCAAGUUACCAGGAUCCUGUUCAUGGAUAUAUUUAUGGGGCCAUCAACAUGGUGACGGUAAACCCAAACUAUAUGCAAAAAGAAAAGAAAUUUAUACUGUAACACCAGGAACUAGCCGUGAAUACUCUUUUUUUUUUUUUCAUCCACUCAAAAUGAACCCGGCAACGUUUUGACCUAUGACAGUCUUUGUCAAGCCUGGUUUGACAGCCAACUACCGGAUGAGAGUUCUGUGAUGUUUCACAUAAGCUGUUUAGUGAGUGGUUUCCUCUUUAUCCUAUUUCAUUAGGUGGAUAUAUUUUUUUAGAGAUAAAUUAUAGAAGAGAAUAGAUAAGGUUAAUGAUGGUUUCAUAAGGUAUAAAGAAGCAGAAUCAUUUUUUCCAUAUUACAACAUUUAGUCUUUGGCGGUUUUGGCCCGCAGCAGCCCCUGUGUGGGGGUUUCCACCGCAAACAGGCAGCUGCCAAAGGGGUGUUAUUCCACCGUUACAUUAAAAAGGAGAAAGGUGGUCAACAGUGUGUAACGCUGAGCAAAGUAUACUCUCAUAUAUUUAUGUAAGGAGAGGUUACCCCAAGUACAGUGUUCUAGGUAGACAGAGGAAUGUCCACACCGGAGCCUUGUGUAUCCUUUCAUUUGACAUGCCUGUGAAUGUUGUUAGAAUUCUUAGUGACAGGGGUAGUGGUGUCUGCGUGAUGAGUUGUCCAGAUUGGUAGCUGCAGGGUGUGAGCGAGAGUCAUCCCAUCAUGUGGACAUUAAAUGGAUAUUUUAACUACCAACAACCAGAGCCAGAAUCUUAGUGAACAAGUUCUUGCCCUCAAUUUGUUAGGGUGUAAUUUUUUUUAUUUUUUUUUAAUUCUUUAUUUUAUUUGUGCAUAUAUUUAACAAUCAUAUUCGCACUGCCACGACAGCUGGGGCAAAACGUAAUGGAUACAUGCUGUAACAGAUACGUGGCAUAAUACUAAACAGUGCACAUUUUUAUAUACACAAAACCAAGUCGCUACAUCUUUUUUCCGAGUACAGGCUUUGUAUGUCAGCAACUAUCACAUUUUUCAUUCUCAGGCAUGCAUUCAUUGUUAUUUAUUUUAUUUUACAUUACACCUGUUAGCCGUGUGUAGUCUGUAUAUGUUGCGUGUUCUCUGUGGUUCGCAAAUAUUGGGGCCUGUAUUGUAUGGGGAGAUUAUCAAGUCAUACAGGAGGUCUUAGCCUGCAUUGGGUAGCGCGUUGACUGUUUUUCCCUCUUCACCACAGCUCUACGCGCGCACCGUCACCGCUCUCCCCCACCUUGUGAGUUGCAUUUGCUCUACUUAGCUUUGUGUUUUGAGUAUAGUGAGGGAAAGAAAGAGAAAGACAGAAAGUGGGGUAUUAGAGGUGAAUGAAGGGGGGGGAGGGGUGUUGGGGGGGUAGCGGCAUCAGCGAUUCUUUCUAGUGUUCGACUUGCUAUUGAUGGGAGGGCAUGUUGGGCCUCUCUAUGCUAGGGGGCUGCCAUCCCAGGGUGCCCAUAUUUUUUGGAACUGUUUUUCCGUUCCCCUAACUCUUGCCGUCAGGUCGUCCAUUGUACGUACCUCUCUUAUUCUAGUUAUGACCCCUGCUACCGCCGGGGUUGAUGAGGGUGUAAUUUUUUAAAUUGAAAAAAAAAAAAAGUAGAUUUAUUUUUUCUUACCAUGCAAACACUAUUUGAUGCAUGUUUAUUGUAGGAUUCUGAUGGGGUUUUUUGUGUUGGUAAACAUAAUGCCAGGAAUUAUUAUUAUUUAUAUAGUGCCAACUUAUUUCACAGCCCUUUUCAAUCAUUGAAUGGGUAUAAUUGACAAAUAGUAGUUGACAUACAGAAUAUUAACAGAGACAAAAGGUGAAGGAGGCCCUGCUCAAAAGCGCUUACAAUCUAUGAGGAAGGGAUAUAGACACAAGGAAUAGCAUCCUUCACCCCCUCCCUCCCUCUGACAUGCUAAGAUACCUUUGUUUUAAGUGGUGUGUGGAAGAAAAGCUAGGGUAUGGAGGCAAAGGAACUGAGGAGGACAAUUCUAAUGAGAGAAGUGUCACCUAAUAAGAUAGUAGGCUUUCCUAAAGAGGUAUUUUUUUUAGUUUUUUACUUGCUUCUUAAAGAACCGAAAUCUUGGGAAAAGUCUGGCACCAAGUGGGGAAUUCCAUAGGAAUUAUUCUGCCCUUUAUAAAUCAUACCAGAACAAGCAGAUAUCAAAAGAAGUUUGCUUGCAGAACAAAGGGGGCGAGAAGGUGUGCAUAUAUUGGGUGGAGAGGAAUUGUUGAAAGCUUUGUAGGCAAAUGUUAGCAGUUUGGCUUCCUGGAACCAUCAGGAUCCAAUUAAAUGCAAACAAUCUUUAUAAUGAACUUACUGACUUUAUUUUGCCUACUAUUGAAUCUUCUUUGUUAUUGGUAAAUAUAAUUUAAUUUGCUUUUCUAACAGUUACUUUAGUGAAACAGUAGUUUGAUGGUCAUUUGCAAACUUUAAUGUUUCUGUUUCCUGAUUCAGUGCAGUACAUGUCUUUAGGUUUUCAUUCUCUUUUACAUGGUUGAUAUCACAGGUGUGUUGGGCAUAUUUCAGAUUAAUGGUGGACAUGGAGUCUGAGCGUGUUAACAAUACCUUGUGAUUUGUAUUUUUUUUUAUUUAUUUUUUUUGUCCCCCCAACCCAUACAGAGAAGUGCUGGACAUAUGGCCAGAGCUCCAGGAUAUCCAUGAUGUCUAUGCACUGAAGCACCAAUGGGGAGGUUCGCAAAGCAACAAAAAACUCCUUUGUUCCUUAGGAAUCGACACGAGGAAUAUAGUACGUUUUAAACAUUUUUAUUUUAUUUUCAGGGUGUUUUUAGUGGGGCAUUUUUAGUUGUUUGUACAUGUCUAUAAACUAUUACCUGUAUAUUUUAUUUAGUUUCAUAAAAGGAGCACUCCAAGCACUAUAACUACAGCAUGCCCCCAUGUUGGUGGUGAGGUUGCUAACAAUGUGACUUCUUACCCGCGGUCUGCCAGACGCUUCUUCCUGCCUCAAUGAGAACUGGAAGCUCAGAGCUUAUCCCUAAGGUGAUGCAGGGCGUUGCUCAUUGGCUUAAAAAAAGUAUCAGCUGACACGCAGCCAAUAGGCUGGCCCUGCAUUGCAGGAUUUAGUCCAGGAGAGCUCCGGUUCCUAGCAACAGCUUCUGGCUCUGUGUACCAGACAAGGUAGUGGGUGGCGGCUGACAAACUCAUGGUAAGAAGUCAAACCGUUGGCAAACAGCUUCACUACUUAUAUUGGGCACAGCACUAGGCUCUCAUGGCACCAUACACACUACAGUGCUUGGAGUAUUCCUUUAAACAUUGAGUUAGCUACAACUUGCAAACUUUAGACCACAGUAGCCAAGUUUACGGAAUAAGUAUUUGGAAUUUAGGGCCUUGAUUUUAAAAGAUGAUUUUCAGCUUAUUUAGUGACCAUACUGCUUCAAUUACACAACCAUUAUUACAUCAAAAUCAGAAAAUUAGUCUUUGGGUGCUUGUCCCUGUGUUUUGAAUGGUUGGCGAGAGGGGAUAAUGACUUCACUUCAAUGGCAUUCUGUUGGCAUUAGUCAGGAAAUUUGAGAUUCAGAUUACUUUCUGAACAGUCCAGCAGAGGGCAGACGUUUCACAGCUGUCUCGUCCUCUGCAUAAUUGCAACAUUAUGUUUACCUCUGUAACUUUAAGUAUGAAAGAGAUCUUAAAAGCUAAAAGCACGGUCCUUUCGUGUCUUUCCAAAACACAGCUUGAAAUUCCCUAAUGAAAUCAUUAAUCAAGCCAUGUCUGUGUACAUUGUAUGGGUAUCUUUUGGAGACUGAGCCUCGUUAUCGUUCUUUAAUGGGAAGGUAUACGCUAUGAGUUUGUGAAGACAUUUACAAUUCGAUUUUGUUUAGUAUCCUAGACAAUUGUGUGCAUUCAGUUUACUGUUUACUUUUUGUAGCUUUUUACAGGCAACAAGAAACAACCAGUAAUUGUGCCUAUGUAUGCAGCUGGUCUGGUAAGCUCCCUGUUACGAUAAGUAUAAGUAUUUUUAGUAAAAAUCUAUUAAAAUGUUAUUUAUUAUUAUUUCUCAGAGUUCUUAUAUUCUGUUUUUGUUGCAAUGCAUUUGCAUGGGCUCUCCUUGAUCUAAAAUGGUAAUCCAGACAUGGACCCCGUGCUCACUGUGCCUAGAGGGGUAUCAGCUACACCUCACUGAUGAGGCCCACAGAAGGCCAAAACAAUUGUCCAGGGCUGCUGUAUUUCUCAUACAGAGAGAAUUUGCCGGAAUUUUAGUCUGAUAUGCAAAUGGUAUAGGUUCUCUUUGUAAUUUAUUAUUUGUUGCCUGAUAGUGGAAAGCCCUCCUGUGUCUUUACAGAUGCUUGCCUUCUUACAUGUAAUUCCUCUUCACAUUCCUCCACUGAAAAUGGCACUGCCACGUUUCCUAAGUUUGGGAGGUAUCCAAUACACAUAGUAGAGUCACUGAAUACGUUAUUUGAAAUACAAAUAUCAAUGAAAUUCUUCCUACACUUUUGUAAGGUAUGAAUUUGGGAGGGAUCUUGGCAAGGCUAGGAGGAAAGGCAUGAGAAUGACAUGCAGGUAAGGAAAGCAAGGAAUGUCUGUUUUGGGCAUUCAGCUGUAGCACCCUGCUGGUUCUAAAUGCAACUGCAAUUGGCACAAUUUAUUGCCAGCUCAGUACAUGAACCUGUUUUACACUUUUAGUUAGAUUAUAUAGUGUACUGCUGCCAAUUAUUACUGUAUGUUUAUGUAGGAAAGGUAAACCCUGAUAAAUUAAACGUUUGGGUCCCAAAUCAUUAAGCAAACUUAAUUUCUUUCCCUGUGAGCACUGCGGUUUUGUUGUUUGUUUGACUAAAUUAUUAGAAGUGGCAAAUUAAGACCAGCACUGUAAAUCUAUUGUAUUUUUAUUUAUUUACAUUACAUAUUGUCACAUACGCAGAAUAUUUCAGGUAAAGCUCCUGUACGUGGCCCUCACGUUGGUUAACUAUUAGUGAUUUGACCACAAGUGGGGAGCUCAAAAAAACAGCAUUCCACACAGAGGACAAACUACAAAGGCUAGUCACACAGCCUUCCCUAAUCGUUUUCAAACCGUUUUUAAACCGCCUCCAAACCCAAGACAGUUGAUGAAGAGCUUGACCAUAAACCGCAGUAUAGGAAUAGGCACAUUUCCCUGCUUACAGAAGAGCUUAAGCAACCUGUGUCCACAUCUGUAGUACAAAUAUGGCACCUAUACUUCAGGUCCACAUGUGGCACAAGAUCAGAAGUACCUGCAUCUAUCUGUAAUUCAUCAAAUGUGGUUUAGCACAUCAUGUGUGGGGGAAACUAUCCUUCCUUUACAUUAAAGGUUCCAUUUCCACACAUUAAAAAAGAAAACAAUGCCUGUGUAAACAGGCACAGCAUUGUGGAUAUUAAGGGGACACUAUAGGUACCAUAAGUGUUUCAUCUCUUUAAAGUUGUGACAGUGCCUGGAGUUCCUUGGUAAUUUCUCAUAGUUCAGGGUUAAACCAUUUAUGAAUAAUUUAACACUGAAUAAGGGUCCCUUGGCAUACAGUGCCUUACCUUCAGUGUAGGUAUGGCUAAGGCAGUGUUACACUUGUACCUUUAUUUCUGCUAAUGCUGAAGCAUUACCUGAGAAGCACGGAGAUUCUGCACUGCAGAUGCAUGAGAAGCUUCAUUCUGUGUUAAAUAGUUUAACACAAAGAGCUGGCACCAUAACAACUUCAAUUAGGUCAAGUGGUUAUGGUGCCUAAAGUGUCCCUUUAACAUCACCGUACUCUUGGGAUCUGUAUUGUUGGUUCACAUACUGCAUGUAAGAAUACAUUGUGUGUACUUUCGAACUUGGCCUUACAGUAACCAUAUUUCAUAAAACCAACAAGAUAUUUGUGAGGUUUUUUUUUUAGUCUUGUGUUUUAUUUAUUUAUUUAUUUGGCGGGGAAUGCUCUGGUUAAACACCUCUACAAUACAAUAUUAGUAUUUCUGUCUAAAAAGGGACUGCUCCUUUCAACAAGGAACUCUUGAAAAUGUCUAGUGCAUUUUAUAUAUGCGUUCAUGUUGUAAACUAUAUUCUUGAUUUAUGUGCAGGGUAUGCUGGAGCCAACCAAGGAGCCUCUAAAGCCUUUAUCUGCUGCAGAAAAAAUUGCAUCAAUAGGACAAUCUUCACCUGUCCAUCCAGCUGAGGGCAUUUGUGCUUCUGUCCAGUUACAGGUGUGCCUUUUAAGUCAUUUACUAGAAGCACAGAGUGUUUGGGGCCUGAGCUGAAAUAAUCCUUAGAUGUUCCUUUUCUGGUUUUGUUUUGGGUUUUAUUGUUGAUCUGAAAUAUUCAGAUACAAAUUCUUCCAAAAUAGGGAGAGGAAAUAACUUUUUUUGUGUGUGUUGGGGUGGGAGGGGGGAGUGCCUGUCUGGAUGUAAAAUAUAGAGCACGUAGGGACAUAGUUAUCUGUUUAGUAAAAGUCCAAUGAGAGUAAAAUUAACUUUUCCUAAUCUUUGCUUUCAUCAAGAUCCAUCACUUGGUGGAUAACAAUGGGAACAGCAUGUUUCAUGGUGGCACAUCACAUCUAUCAACAUAGACACAUGUCCAAAAGUUGCUUUUUAUGCCAAAUGAAGAUUUAUAUAAUUUUGUAACAUUUAUUCAAAAUCAAGCAGACAGAUUCUUCUUUUUGUUCUCAUUAAAUAUUUAAAACACUUCUUGUCUUAUGCCAAUCGGUAUACCAUUGAGGUUGGUUUUGAUGCAAUCUAAUUGUACCCAUUCUGUUUACUUUCGUUGCAGGAAUCGCUCCCUCCUGUCCAGUUCGACUGGAGCAGCAGUGGCCUUACCAACCCAUUAGAUGGUACGUCUCUCCGUAGAACCUCUAGCACCAGAGCUAGACUUAAGAAAGCUUCAGAAUUCAAACAGUCCUCUCUGUGCUGAUCUUUCCUCUUCUCUUUUUUUAGUGUAAUCUUGGAAACAUUCAGGCUUUCUUUCUGCUUUUCUUCACCAGCCCUGCCAAUUAAAUUUUGGUGCAUAAAGCCUAUUGGUAAAAAUGUUUUGUUAGUGUUAGGGUUAUGAAAAUAUAUUAUGUAUAAUAGCUGCUGUGUUCUAGACAACACAAGCAUUUGUCUUUCUGUAACCAACUAACAGAUUCUUUGUGAAAACCCUUUUCUUUGUUUUAUCCAUUUAUCUUCUAUUAUCCAAAGGAAAACCAGGUAUGUUUUAUAGACUAUAUUUUUUUCGCCUCUUUUACAGUCUCUAUUUCCAUUUCCAUCCUUUUAUGGGGUUUUCUCUACCUCCUUAAACCAGUCAGUAUUACUAUUACGUAGCAGUAUUUAUCAGAGAUAUCUUGGUAUAUUGAAUGUCACUUAAAAAAAAAAAUCUGGUAUUUUUACACGCUGCACUGGGUGGUGGAUAAUCAUGAAAAGCCCACAGAGCCCAUGUGUGUAUUCACCGUAUCUCAAAAAAUUAAAUCCAAUUUAAUAUAUUGUUUCCAAAUUAUUUUCCAAUCUUACAAUUUACUAACAAUUGGUUUGAUUGACAAAAUGAGAUUAUGUUCUCAUCCGUGGGUUUUACCCAGUAUCUGAUGACAGAAGGAAAGCCUGGAUGAGUUGAUUUCCUAUUUACCACUGUUGUCUGGUGAAAUGUGUCCAAUUAAUUUAGUUUUUUAAUCUAUUUUAGUGUCUAAAAGGGGAACAAUUCAGCUGCUUGUUUAUUUUUCUUUGAACAAAUCCACAUAUCAUUCUUACACUUUGUGUUUUAUAGAGAAGAAUUCCACAUAACUUUGCAGUUUGUGUAGCCCUCUUCAUCAACAAUCACAGGGGUACAAUAAUAUUUCAUGGGAACCACAAUAUGUCAGAUUUUUUUUUUUUAAUCUUGUUGCAGUCAGUCAUAUUUACUCACGAUGGUUUUAUUUAUACAGUGUGUAUUUUCUGUCUUGGCACCCUUACUGUGGCACUACUGUGUUAGCCACUGACAUAAAGCGAGGGCUCCCGUUUAUCACCAUGAAACCAAAUUGACAACAAUAGAAUCCCCUUGGAGUCAUAGUUUACCUUAUUAAUCUUGGGGUAUGAGUAGGUAGUUUCCUGUAGAGUUGUGUUUUUUUCACACUUUGUUUCCUCUUUCAUUUAGUCAUAUUGCAGCACCGUUCAAUGGUCAAAUCAUUGUGCUUGUAUCCACAUACAGGGUUUUCACUGAAGUGGCCUAAAAUUUAAAAUUUAUUGUGCUUUCAAUUCACAAAGGAGAUAAACUGAAAAAAUCUGACUUGGAGUUUCUUUGUGGUCUGACAGUAGAAAUUAAUUUUAAAUUCAAUGCCACUGAGACCAUAGCAAAGCCUUUAAAGUUUCAAUAUGGUGGCACUUCAAAAGUUUUAACAGAGGUAUGGAUUUUUUUGGUUUUGUUAUUUAUUUAUUUAAAAUCUAUUCAUACAAGGGUCUAGAGAGAUAUCCAAUCUAGUUGUCCUGACACAAAAUACUUUAAUUUACAAAGUAUGCUGACUGCAUGCAAUGUGUGUUCUGCCUACAUGUAGUGUGGUGUGUGUGUGUGUGUGUGUGUAUUGGUCUGAUUUAGUGUGUGCACUAGCUAAAUGUAGUGUGUGUGUGUGUGUGUGUGUGUGUGUGUGUGUGCGCGCGCGCGCAUGCGUGCCCUGGUUAUAUGCAGUGUGUGUGUGUGGUGUGUGCUGGCUAAAUGUAGUGUGCGUAUGUAUGUGCAUGUAUAAAUGAGUAUAUGUAGCAUACUCUCACAGAUCCCAUACAAAAUUUUAUUGUGAUUAUUGAAUUAAUCAAAAUUGUCCACACUGACACACAUGCCCACAAACACACACAUUGACCCACUUACACACAAACUAUAUAUUCUGUGCAGUAACUUGCAUCUUUCACAUUACCAACAGCCUUCAUAGUCCAGCACUUGGUCGGUAGCUUGUCCCAUUCACUUCUCCCUCCUUCAAGAAUGAGUGUCUGCCGCCAAGAUAUGACAUCAUGCUGCAUCCUGGCGGCCUGUAUCUCUGUGCAUUGCAAAGAGCCUCUGCCACAACUCACCACUCCUUAGCGGUAUACUGCUCUGCAAAAUUUCCCAGUGGGCCAGUCCUUCCCAGGCAGUCCAUGGCUGAAAGAAUAGAAAAACAACCUGCCCAGCACCCCAAACUGCAUGUUGCAUUAGUCAGGUGAAAAAAAUUCCACAUCCCUGCUUGAAGUUAUUCAAAUUUUAACUGAAGUACAUGUUGUUCUAGAUUAAAUCCCAUGAUUAUAUUAUUUACGUUACUUAAAAUAGCAUUUUUAGGAGUUUAUAUUCUAAGCAAUGUGCUUUAGUUAAAAAAAAAAAAAUCACGUUUGUAACUCCAAUCACGUGUCCAUCCCCAACCCCUCCCCCUCCAAUUUGACUUUAUUCACCUGCAUUUUAGAAGUUUAAUAAGACCACAAAUCUCCUUGUUAAAGUGAAUAAUCCCUUUGCGGUGUGGUAACCACUCAUUGUUCUUAACAUGCUGUUUCCCCCUAGCAAAUUCUAGAUUUAAAUCUUUACACUUACGCUGAAUUUUUUCCCUUUUAAACCAUAUCAUUAUAUUUAGAUUUAUGAAUUGUAUUCUUUAAGCACCUCUUUCUACUGUUUUCACUCUAACGAUUAACACUGUAGGAUGUUGGUAUUUUCUCACUGGAAUGAAUACUAGCCAGUACUUGCAUGUUUAAGUGUGUGUCUUACCCCCUUUUUGCACACAAACCCCAUUCUUUUGGCUUACCUUCUUUACGGCUGAAUUCCAACAUGGUCACUGAAUUUCAAGCUAAUGGAGGUUCCACUCUUCUGAACCUUGAUUUCUUUGGGCCCGUGGAUGAAAGUGGCUCCAGCACCACCACUUUCCCAGGUCAGCUGAGUGUCCGUAACGCUAAGUAGACUUCAAAUGGUUUUCUGUGAAAGCAUGAAACCCAUGGCUUUCCUAUAAACAAGAUGCCUGUUUCUGUUGCACUUGCAGUGGUUUUGUCUGUCGUUUGUAAUCUGUUUGUAAAAAUCAAAAUUUGAAUGUUCCAUGAACCUAAUCGAACUCCGAACCCGCUACUGAAAUUGUCCCAGAUAAUUUUUUUUAAUUUAAUGAUUAUUUAAUCUUGCUAUGCAUUAAUGACGCAUUUGUUUUUCUAAUUUGUUAAAAGUAGAUGUUAACCUUAGUGUGUUUGAGAGAGGAAAAAAAGCGCAUUAAAACUGUCUGAAUCAAUGUUUCAGUCACUUAUAUUUUUAAUUCUACUAUAAUAAAGUCAUGCAAAAAAAGCACAAUAUUGUAAUUUUUCUUCUGAGAGAAUUUUUUUUAUUUGUUUUCAUUCUGCCAGUAAUAUUUUUUUUUUCAUGCCCUUUUUGUUAUAGAUACACAUAUUUAACAAGCAUUAUGCAUACAUAAUUAAAUGGUCAUUAACACCUUAAUAUAUACAAAUUCUACUUGGAACCUACAGGAAUCUCAAUGUGUGCUUCCUGGUAGAGUAUCAAUAAUAUAAGUAACUUUUAUACGUGAUAGCACACAAGCACAGCAAAUAUGUCAAAUAUCAGAAAUUGUCAACUGUACAUUUUAUUGCCAGAAGGAGCAAUGCACAUUAGACAACUCAAGUAAUGUUGCAUCACGUACAUGUUGUAUUAUUAUUUUAUUAUUUAUAUAGCGCCAACAAAUUCCGUAGCACUGUACAAUGGGUGGACUAACAGACACAUAAUUGAGAUCAGACCACUGGACGUACAGGAACAGAGGGGGUUGAGGGCCCUGCUCGAUGAGCUUACAUGCUAGAGGGAGUGGGGUAUGGUGACACAACGGGUUAAAGUAGGGAAUUAAAUAGUUUGUUAGAGAAGGGUUUAUUGAGUGCUUGGUAGGUCAUUUUUGACAGUUUCAGGAAAGGAGUCACGGGGUGGGGGGUAUUCUGACUAAAUGCUGGAUGUUUCCAAACAAUCAAAACUACACUUAAAUUAAAAGGGUUAUUCACAAAAGUGAGAAUUAUGUGAAUUACAAAUGUAAGGUGAAAAUAGCUGAACUGAAAGAGUCAGAUAGUGUGAUCUAAAAUUGUCAAUUCAGUUAUCACUAGUGCAGGGAUAGGCAAUCUCCAGCACUUCACAUUUUGAGGACUUUUUCUCUCCUGAUGCUUUGCCAGCAGUAUGACUGCAAGAGAAUUAUGGGAGAUGUGGCAUACAAAAUCUGAAGUGCUGAUGGGUUGCCUAUCGCUGCUUUAGUAAAUAACCCUGGUAGUCAAACAGCCAGUAGAUUAAAUGAAGAGAGUGCAUUUUUGGCGGUUCCUUCUGGUAGGGGUGUAAGCCUGAGUAAAAUCUCUCUUAUAUAAACUGAAGUUUCAGGUUAUUUUGAGGUAAAGUGCUUUUUUAUUUAGUUAACCUAGCUCAAUCUCUUCAGGCCAAAGAACUAAAAUUUCCUUAGAUUUAUUAGGACAAUAUCUAUUGCCCUCAUACGUACAUUAAAGAACCACUUUAUUUCAAUGAAGUGGUGUGGGUGCAGUGGUCCUCUCAUUUUAACCCUGCAAUGUGGUUUUGUAGAAACUGUAAUAUUAACACCUCUUGUAACAGCCACUAGAAGCAUUUCCUCCUCCAGAACAGAGAAGCAGCAUUUUAUUGGAGAAGCACAGUGUUUUUGCUGUGCAUAUAUUUCUCCAAUUCAUUGCUUCUCUAUGAGAAGUAUUGGAUUGGAGCAGAUCGUGGAAGAUGUUUGCAGGCAUGUUGACAUCUUUUGAAGGAGGAUUGGAGGCUGCAGCAGAGGAGUCUCACUGCUGGAAACAUGAGUAAUCAUUUGUUAACGUAAUCUUUUUAGUAGCAAAGGGGGUGGACCGAAGGUAACCUAAAGUCCCGAAAAAACAAAUGUAAUUUUCUGGACGGCAGGCUCCCCUCAACUAGUAAUACGUGGCUGCUAAUUCAGUAUAGGCUAUAUAAAGAAUAAUUUGAUAUCUAUGCAUGUAUUUCCAGAACAACCAACUAAUCUCCUUUACAUUUAUUACUUGUUUCUGGGAAAGUCAUGUUUUGUGGAGCUUGCUGAGGCUUUGGGCAUGGGUUUCCUUUCUUGUUUACAAAUAAACUUACCUGGGAACUCUCACAUGGAUUCAAUUCACGUUCUUUAUGAUCUCUGGGAGUGAAGCCUUUCUCUCCUGAUCUCUGUCUAGAGUAACUUACUUAAAUCCUCUACUUUGAUUGGCUAUAACUAGACUGGAGGAUCCUACCUAGAUUGGAGUCAUUUGUUCACAAUUUGUGACUCCGAGAAUUUUUACGUACCUUAAUACAGGUGAGAAAAUCUGGCGUUCAAAUAGUAAUGCCUUUGGAUAAGUUAGGAUACCUUGAAACCUAGUUUGACAAAGAUAACUAACGAUAGCUAAAUGCAAGAUUUUGACAUCUGUAUGCUGCAGUUGGUAUACGUUAAGUAAACUCUGAGUUCCCAGGUAUGGUGUGCGUGGUUUUACAUUGUGGUGGUGGUUUGUCAGUGACAAUCAUUUUCCAAUUAUUGGUGGAGGGCCCGGACUUCCCUGAAUCAAUGGAUAAAGAAUUUGGGGUAUUAACCAGAUGGUAGCACAAUAUAAUCCCUUUCUGGAGGACUUUGCAUAUAAAGAUCCUUAAACAUUAUGUCCUACAAGGUAAACAAAUGUACCACCAAAUGAUCAAUAUGACAUUUGAAACAUUAGUUACAGUUCACUGCAACAUAGGCUUGCAAAUAUCCGCACGACACUACUGUUUCCUAUGCGGUCUCCUUUAACUAGACUUCUUUUACUAUCUGGAUAACUUUACUUGCAGCUUUCAGUAAACUUUCUUAUUUACAUCGUAAAAUAAAUGAAUCAAAUAUUGAACCUAUGUGUUUCACAUAAUAUGUCCACGAUCCAUAUUUUAAAAGGGGGCAGGGAUAUAGUAUUAUCUGAGAAUGUUUAGGUAGUAUUUGCUUUAGUAACAAAUCUACAGUUGUUCGUGUUCAAGGUGGACGUGUCAAAUCAUGGUAAAAGCCUAGAAAGUGUCUUUAGGAGACAAAUUAAGAUGUCUGUCUCUGAUAGGUUUGUGAACUGAUUAUGCACAUAACAAAUUACCAAAUUCAGCCAAGUAUAUAUUUUAUAACAAAUUCUUCUAAAUCUCGAAGUUUAGGAAACAUGAUCAUCAUAAUGUUGACUGAGGUUCAACACCGCAGAUUGUCCUUAUUUUGUACUGUCCAUUUCAUUUUACUGUAUAGGGGGUUCAUUAUCUCAAAGAGUCUUCUCUAUAAAAUUCUAUUGAAAAUCAAAUUGUUCAACUUUAGGGACACAUUUCUUUCCCAUGUUUGCCUCUUUUAAUAGAUUUUCAAAAUGACCAACCAAAUAUAUUAAAGCAUCCCAAAUAUUAAAUUGUUGUGGUGUGAUCAUUGCUUUGGCAAGAUAGCUGCUGAUUACCACUUUAAAUUGCAAGUGAUUUUGUUUAAUUGUGUGUGAUAAGCAUAUUUCUGUAAAUAUCUGAGUUAAUAAAAUGAAAUUUGUAAAAAGAAAUUAUCAUUUUAAAAUAGCAUGCAAAGCAUGCGUGAACUAAUUUAAUUAUAAAAAACUUGCAUUAAAAAAAUGUUCGGUUAAUGUGUAGUAUGUAUGUAUGUAUUUGUAUGGGUAUAUCGCCAUUUAAAGCUAAACUGUAAAUGAUCAUAAUCUAAAAUCGCCUGCUUUUGUAUCUAAUUUAUACAAAACAUAAUUAUUAAUUGAUUACAUUUAAAUCCAAAUUUCUCGUUUCCCCGAAAAAGUAUUUUUGAGGGAAAACCAGAGUAACUCUGGUAUUAAUUGCUAAAUUUGAAGUUACUGCCACUAUCUUGUAUUUUUUAUGGUGUGUUAUGUAAAUUUGAUACUAUGUUCUAGGUGGCAUAUAACUCAGGCUGCUUAUGCUUGUCAACCUGAAAAAAAAUAUUCUUAUGAUUUCAGAUAAAUACCACCAUUAUUAUUUUUUUUAAUCCUUUGGAUUCUGACUCUAAAUUGAAUUGCAAUUUCUCCCUUUUUAUAUCUCUACAGUUAUAUCAUGUUACUGGAAUUCAAAUUUAGAUUUUUUUUUGUUCAUGUUACACUACUCAGAUGUUUAAAGAAGUAGGUGGUCUGUAUGUGUUUUGGUAGGUUUAGAUUAUUAUGUACAAGCACUGCAAUCCACCGUUAAUUAGUUAUUUUAUACCAUAAGGUGUGGAUCCAGAGUUGUACGCAUUGACAACAUCAAAAGUGGAUUCCUCUGCAACUGGCAGCAGGGUAACCGACGCGUUUGCAAGACUCAUGUCUACGGCAGAGACCACAAGCACAUCGACAAGGUAAAUUAUGGUCUUGUUUUUUUCUUUCAAGACUGUUUAGUUAGUAGCUGUUAGCAAUAAUGGUGUAACUUCUUUAUCUUCUUAGAGAACAGACUUUGAAAACCUGUUGUCCCACACAUUUUUGUAGUGCAGACCCAUGUAGUGACCUCUUUCUUCCCCUCAGUUACCCGCAUGCAUGCAAAUAUUUCACAUUAGGGAUCUUUGUACAUAUGUUAUUGUGCCAGUGCGAUAAAAUCUAUAUUCAAUUGUGUGGUCUUCAAAGAACUUCCAUAUACCUCAGUGUUGGGCCAUCAUGCAUGUGCACGAGUACAAGAUUGAGACGGGUUCUGGUAGAUGAAGUGCAAUGAACUUAAGAGACACAGAGGUGCUAAGGAGGAACAGCCAUGGGAAUAUUUCAUUACAUUCCCCCCGUCUCCCUCCUCCCGAGUGUCAUACAAGUGGAUAUGUCACAUUUGGAGGGGAUCGUUGAUAAAAUUAAAAAGUAAAGUCCACAAAGAACUAAAGUAAUAGGAAAGGGGAAUUUAGUUUACUUUAUAUUCUCCAGCAUUAAUCAGAAGUCUCACCUGUGGGGGUUUGUGCAAAAAAGACAAUUAUCUUGGGCAUGGAUGAUUUAAAAUAAAAUAGUGUAUAUACAUUUACUACCAUUUUGCCUAACAUAAUGUAUACAUUUUAUAUUCUUCAAUGUAAGCUUUUAAAAUAUUUCCAUUUUAGCAUUCUUUACUUGAAAAAUAAAUACAUUGAAUUAUUUAAUGGCUCAGACUUCCAUGUGCUUUAUAAAUGGGAUACAAUAGUUUGUUGGUUUUUUUUUUUUUUUUUUUUUUUUUUUUUUUUUUUUUUUUUUUUUAUAUUCUUUGGUUGCCCAGAUAGGCAGACAGAAAGGCCACCUUUUGAAACGUCAACUUAACCAUUUGAAAUUAAAUUUGAGAAAUUUAUUCUAAAAUAAUAUAUUUAUUCUACAGGCAUGCAUUGUCUUUAAAGAAUGCAGUUGCAAUCUAGUAAACAUUGGUCACCCAAGGCCAUAAAUGUUGCUUUUUUUUAUAUGGUUUCUGGUAAAAAUUCUCCCUGGUUAUCCAACAUAAGGAAAGCUUCUCUUUAUAAUCUACUGUACAUUGUUGGUAUCCCUAUGCUGAAAUGUUUUGCUAGACUUCUGAACAAGUCCAACACUGAUCUUUGUUUCUAAUUAUUCACAGAAAACCUAAAAGGGAGGAGAACUUAAGCGAAGAGGCUGCCAAUGUCAUCUCCAGCCUCCCCGAUCUAUCUUUCAUGCACGCCAAGGUGCUGAUGUUUCCAGCCACUUUAACACCUUCAUCAAAUUCCCAAGAGACGGUAGACUGAUUCAAAGAGAAGAAAGGAAAAACAAACUGAGAUAAACCCAAACAUGUUGGAUGUUUUAUAUCCAAACUUUUUAAGAGUAUAUAUAAAAAAAAAGUGUUCUUGCUUUUACAUAAAAUCAAAAGUUUAAAUGAUUUGUUGGUAAGCAGCACUAAAAAGGUAUAUACAUUGUAAUGUAUAUUUCAACACUGAAUAAUUCAUUUAUAUGAGAAAUUUAGUUGAUUUGUAUAUACAGGAAAAGGGUAUUUUUUUUUUUUUUAUGUUUUAUUUUUUUGACAUGCUGGGGUACAUACACUGGUGGAUCCUUUCUUACAAAAAAAUCAACGACUAAAUGUGAACAUGCAAAACCUUCACUGCCUGUAAGUCUGUUUAGAUUACAUUUUCCUUCCAGGUGUAUUGGCGUUAAUUGUACUGUUACAUUUAAAUGUUCAGUGUUUAUUUUGUGUUUUCAUUAUGACCUGGAAAGUCACAGAUUAAAUCCUUUCUCUGCCAGUGGAGCAUUAUUGCUCCCCUAACGAGAGUGAAAAGGUCAGGAUAUUUUCCUAACAGAUCAUUUUAGUGGGUUAUUUGCUGUAUUUUAUGAUUAAAAUCAACUUUCAGACUGUCUCUCCUGUCCCAGUCUGUUUCUGUGUGUUGCAAAUGACAUUAAUCUUUGAAGUACAGGUGAUUGAGGGCUUGAUUUUGGGUUAAGAAGGACCAAAAUAAUCUGAAUGUCUUUAUAAAACAUUGAUUACUGUUCUGAUUUAGUUUGUAUUAUUUGUGUCUAUUGUACCGCUAUCCCCCUGAUUUGCACAGUGUGAAGAGGCGUAAUCAUAGGUCACUAUGGUUUAGGCUGUACAUACAUUGAAGACUCUGGGAUGUAAAUGUUUGGGGAAAUUCCUAUGGAACAUGAAUUAAAAUCUGAUCUGUAACAGCAAGAUCCACGUGCAUGCCCAAGUUCUUUUGAAAUGUAAGCGUGUACAUUUUCUCUUAGCUUACACUGAAAUAAAAUAAUUUAAAUUAUUAUGUCUAACUUUUAUUUUAUUGCCUUAGUUUUCAUGGUGUAUUUAUUAACACUACCUUCUGUAGUUAUAUAUUGACACAACCAAUAAUGGGCCUCCCUUAUGUUUUGCUUAGUUUGUAAACCAAUGGUGAUUAAUUUUAUGUAACUCUACGCCAAUUUUGUUUUUGUAGUUAACCCGGUAAAUGGCUUCUCAAAACCGACUUUCUGUGUGUGUGUGUGUGUGUGUGUGUGUGUGUGUGUAUAUAUAUUGCACAUUACACCAGAAUAUAUUGGAGAAAAUGUUUAGUUUUUUAUUUUGUUUUUGAGCAGUGGUCACGAAUUGUUUCACUGUUACUGUCCUAAAAUGAAAUGUUUCAAGGAGAAAAAAAUAAUCUGAUGAUAAAUACUGGUUGCUCUUUAGUGCAUUUUUAGUGGA